AGAGGGCCUAGGCCACGCUCAGCUGCCAGAGCGUUCGGCGGCUGGGUGAGCGGCAGUUGGAGUCGCCUUCGAGAGUUUCGAAAUUAACGGUUUUUCUGUAGAAGAACUGAGAGCCGUUGGGGGGAAAAAUGGAGCCUUUUCUGAUCGUGUCGGCCCUUAACGGGGUUCGCCUACAUGCUCUCAGGAGUAAGUGGCGCUGAACUCCGUGGUGCUAACUCCCAAGUACGCAUGAGUACGAUCAGCAUCUGACGAAGCGGGUUGAAUCCGCGAAACCUUACGCCCUAAUAAAUUUAUUAGUCUUUAAGGUGCCACGAGACUCUGUUUUAAGAUCAGGCUGCAGCUACGCGAGGCGAAAUCCGCACCUUGUUGAAUGUGUGAGUUCGACGGGACUUGCUCCCUAGGGAACAAAGAAGCGCGAGACCUGAAAGCCUCGCGCGUUUAUUAUGGCACCAGCUUUUGUGUCCUCACCAUCAGAGGUACAGUAUGGAGGGUUCUCCUCGGUGAACAGCAAAUCCCCUCACAUGCCCAGACCUCUGAACCGAGGAUAAUACUUCAAGUAUCUGAGGAAGACUCCGGUCCGCGAAAGCUGGUGCCAUAAUUGUGAGGCUCUUGUGACAGAGGCUAGGCACACCUGUCCUUUGGAGACAACAAAUAACCCGCUGGUCUUAAAGGUGCCAGCACGGCUCACCCUCUGGAAGUUGUGACCACGGAACACUCCUAACGGAGUGUGCUUAGCACUGCAACCAUCAAUAAAGCGCUGGACAACACACACGGCCCACAAACGGCGCCCUUCUUCCACCGAGAACAACGAUAUACGCAGUCCUGGCAGAACGGGCUUUGUUCCCGAACGUAAAAUGGCGUCGGCAGAGGCAGUCACGUGAACUUGCGCUGCCUUCGGCUGUCACUCUCCUGCGCCUGCGCUGGAUGUAGGCGGGACGGGUUCCUUCCUGGUGUUUUGGAGAGUCCCCGCUCCUUCUACCUGUUACCCCCCUUAGCGAGGGGGCUGGUGGGGGGUUCUUGCUGGUUCAGUGGAGCGAGAGGGGGAAAGGGUUCGGGGUUCAUGGACUCCUCUAUCCCCACUCGGUAACUCGGGGUUUCUGGGAGCAGAGCUUCCCUCAAAAGAAGGAAGGGGCGCCCGAGAAGGGGUUCGCCGCUGACUGAGUGCGGCCCUCUCCCCUGCUGUCACCAUGCCUGUGGCGGCUCCGAUCAUCAGCUCUGUGCAGAAGCUGGUGCUGUACGAGACUAGAGCUGUAAGUAACCCCCGCAGCGCCCGCUAUUCUUUCCCACUGCUUGACUGAUGACUGGGAAGCGGGGAAUGCCUUUGGUGAUGAUCCAGCCUAAACCUUCUGAGCCCGGUUUACAGCCUAAUCCUAUGGAUGUUUACUCAGGAGCCCCACUGUGCUCUCUAGGGCUUGCUCCCUGGACCAGGAGUGGGUAAACCUUGGCUCUCCAGAUCUUGUUGGAACUCCCAUCAACCUUUGCCAGUAAUAGGUGAUGGAUGAUGGGAGCUGAAUUCCAGUGACACCUAGAGGGCCACUAAUGUUUCACCACUCCCCUAAGAUGUGCUCAUGGUUUAGAGGGGAGUGACUCCUAAUGAACUGGAUGGGAUUUUUCUGAAUAAACAUGCAUAGGAACAGACUGAUAAGGGGCCAUACUGUUUGGACCAUAGAAUAAUCAAGCAACACUGUUGAGGGGGCAAAAACCUCAGAGCAGACCCCUACAACGGCCUAGUGAUGGCUGAGCAAUCUUAAAGGGUAUGGAGUGCUGAUUGCUGUAGAGGGGAAUGAAGGAUUCUGGAAGAAGAAGUUGUGGCUAGCUGAAAUACUGAACAGAAUCAUUCCACACUUAGACUCUGCAAGUGGAAUCUGCAACUAUGUUAGUAAACUGAGUUAGGUGCUGAUUUUGUUCAAAGAAAUGAAACACCUCAUAAUUUUACCCAAAUUGUAGGGUGAGGCUGCCCUGUCUGUAAAAAAGGUAAAGGGACCCCUGACCAUUAGGUCCAGUUGUGACCGACUCUGGGGUUGUGGCGCUCAUCUUGUUUUAUUGGCCAAGGGAGCUGGCGUACAGCUUCCGGGUCAUGUGGCCAGCAUGACUAAGCCGCUUCUGGUGAACCAGAGCAGUGCAUGGAAACACCGUUUACCUUCCUGCUGGAGCAGUACCUAUUUAUCUAUUUGCACUUGAUGUGCUUUUGAACCGCUAGGUUGGCAGGAGCAAGGACUGAGCAACAGGAGCUCACCCCAUCACGGGGAUUCUGUAGAAGGAGCUAAAUAUUGCUUGUUUGAUGAAACAUGGUCUCUUUGUUAUGCCACAUUGUAGUAGAGGUACUUCAACUCCUCAGCACUGUGCCUUUGCCUCUUGCAAGCAGCCUGGUUACCAAACCUUAAAUUUAGUAUAAUAUGAGAAACUAAAAGAUAAUGUAAUAUGUUUACCUGGAUGCAAGUCCUACUGUGUUCUCAGUUAAGUGUGUGUAGGAUUCAUUAAUCUGUUGCCAAUGUUUCUUGGCUUAGGUCAGUGUAGCAAAGUAGCAAAAAAGACCAUGGGAGCCAAGUGACCACUAAAUUUGGCUUAGCAUGUUGUGUGAUUCAGGCCUGUGACAUUUACACUGUGACCCACUUCUAGACAUAUUUGCUCAGAUGCAAGUCAAACUGAGUUCAAUGGGCUCUUUCAAAUGAGCAUGGGUAGGAUUGCUGCUUAUCUACUUGCACUUGAUGUGCUUUCGAACCGCUAGGUUGGCAGGAGCAGGGACCAUGAUAAUUAUGGUGAUAAUUUAUUAUUGAAGAGUUACCGUACAUUUACUGCUAGUCCUUUAAUUCUGUCAUCUAUUAAUUAUAUACUCGGAUGUAUGUUUUCUAUUUUUUUAAAAAGUUUCAUUUCUGCAUAACAUAUAUAGCCUCUAGUUUUAUUGGCUGCCUAUUUGUUUGAUAAAUAAAUUUAAGGUGCUGGUGUUUAUCUGUGAAGCCUUAAAUGUCAUUGGGCCGAAAUACCAAAAGGAUAGCCUCUCUCUCUGCUACCCCAGCUAUGUCUUAAGAUCUUCUGAGGUGGCUCUUGCUGGGUUUCACCAUAGUAACACAAGAGAGAAACUUAUUUGCAGUCGCACCUCAUAUGUGGAACACCCUCCCCUCAGAAGUCUGACUGGAAGCAACAUAGCUAUUAUUUUCUUGCCAGAUCAAGAUGUAUUUGUUUAUUUAAUUUCAUAAAAUUUAUACACUGAUUGUAAAAAGUGGUUUGCAAAAGGAUUAAAAUAGUAAAAUCAAGAAAAGAAAAAUACAACCCUACUUUAAAACAUACAGAAUUUAAAAUACUGAAGCAGAUUAGCUGAACUUUCUAAGCAUCUGGGUAUGUUUGUUUAAACAGGAAUGUUUUUAGCAGAUGCCAAAAAGAGUACAGUGGUGCCUGCUUUAUUUCAAUAGGCAGGGAGUCCCAAGGUGUAGGUGCUGCCACACUAAAUUACCAAGUUCUUACAAAUGCAGAAUAGGUGCGAUGGGGCACCUGUGGUAAUAUAUAAUUAUAACACUGUAUAUAAUUUGAUCUGUACCCUGCUCUAGUAUCUGACAUAUUAUGAGUAUUUUAAAGAGGUCCUCAUCUUAUCUCUCCUAAAUUGUUUAUCUGAAUAGUAUAGGCUUUGCCUGCAUUUGAGAAUUGCUCCUGAUAUCUCACCCCAAGACUUGUCUACACAGAAUCCAACUGAGAUUGUUCAUAAGUUCACUAGACAAUGGAGAAUGUAUGUUUCCAGGCUAUAUACAUAUCAUAAUAAUCUUUAUUUGCAUCAGCCACUAUCCAUAGCAAUAAAAUAAAAUACAAUGUACUGAAAUAGAGGUAAAAACUUAACUAUAUAAAAUUACAUUAUGGAGGUUUACAUCAAUAAUCAAAUAACAGAUCUUAUUCUAAUUGCCCCUGCUAAAAUUUUUGCAGUUUUUGGCUAUUUACAUAUAUAUUUCUCCUAAGGUAAAAAGAUAAAGGACCCCUGGACGGUUAAGUCCAGUCAAAGGCAAAUAUGGGGUGCUGUGCUCAACUCGCUUCAGGCCAAGGGAGCCAGCGUUUGUCCACAGACAGCUUUCUGGGUCAUGUGGCUAGCAUGACUAAACCACUUCUGGCACAACGGAAUGCCGUGAUGGAAGCCAGAGCAGAUGGAAAUGCCAUUUACCUUCCCACCGCAGCGGUACCUAUUUAUCUAGUUGCACUAGUGUGCUUUUGAAAUGCUAGGUUGGCAGAAUCUGGGACAGAGCAACUGGAGCUCACCACCAUCUUGCUGAUUUGAACCACCAACCUUCCAAACAGCAAGCCCAAGAGAAUCAGUGGUUUAGAAGACCACAGCGCCACCUGUGUACCUUAUUGUAUUUCCCCUAACACAGCUUUAGGGUGAUUGUUUUCACUGGGAAACAACAUAGGGAGAAAGAGUUUUUCAAAAACUUCUUAGCUCUUCAUUCCUGAUUGAGACCCACCCUACUGCUAUUUACAAAAUGGAAAAAUACCUAUUGCAGAUUUUCGCCUUUUCUGGUUUGUGAUAAGGAACUGUGCUUCCUGUCCAGUACUCUCUCUCUAUGACAAUAAUAUUUACAAAACACUUAGGCUAUUUUACAACAUGCAAUAAAUUGUAGCAGUUCAUGGUAUGUGCAUUACAUUAUCAACCACAAUAAAAAUCAAGCCAUGUUUUCCUUCAGAAGGUCAAAUGUGGGGAAAGAUAAUAUUACAAAUGAAUCAAAACAAAUUUGGGUUCCUUAGAAGCAUACUGAGAAUUCAGGAGUCGCGAGGCAUUUUUUAAAAGGUAAUGAAGGGGGAAAAGGACAAACAAAUGGAAGCCUUGAACUCCACAAUGUGGAAAUUUUCUUUUCGGUUUUCAUUUGCCAUGUAUACAUUGUAUGUAUGAGACUAUUCCUAUCUCUGCAUUUCACUAUAUAUUCCCAGAGCUUAGUACCACAUUGUCUUUUCUGAUUGGCAGCAGCUUUUUUUAAUAAGAGGCAGAGGUUUUCCUCAGCUUUUUGGCACAAUAUUUCUUCUUUAACUUGAUAUGCUAGGGUUUGAAGUAUAUACAUUGAAAGCAGGGCCAAUUGAACCUUUGGCUCUUCAGACGUUGUUGAACUAUAACUCCCAUCAUAAUUGAUCAUUGACCGCACUGUCUGGGCUUGAAAGGAAAUGGAGUACAGCAGCAUGUGGAUGGUCAGAGGUUCGCUGUACCUGAUCUGCAUCCUGUAUUAUGCCACUGAAGUGGUCUCUUUCUAGACCCUGCCUCCUCAACCUAGUCCAUAUUAGUCAAAACAUUAGAUGUUAUCUUUUGCUUCCUAAUUUGUUACGUUUACCAAUGCAAAUGCGUAUUUGUGUCAACAUGCAUAGGAUCAGGCUGUAUGGAUGUCAGGUGGCUUUUUUUUUCUCCCCUCAGAAUGAUUUGAAGAGCUUGCAGAGCAUAGUUAAAACAUAAAUCUUACAAGACAAAGGUGCCAGGCAGUAGCAUUCAUCUCCAUUUCCCCUUUGUAUUUAUUUCAGUGGCUUUUAUAGCCUUGGGGAUUAUAGAAUGGGGAAUUGUAAUAUACAACUGUACAAUCACUAAAUCUUUUCUCAUGAAUGCUUAGUUUCGCAUGAGGCGGCAGUGAACCUUUCCCUUUCAAUCGGUUCAAAUGGCGGUUUUAGAAAGCAACACAUUCCCACUGUAGAAAAGGAAGUCUGUUUUAAAUAAUCACACUGUCAAGAGAGGUUCUCUCAAGUAUAUUUCAGAUGUUUGCAAAGCAAGACCAAGAGAGCCACUUGUAAAUCUGAGAUAAUUAUAGCAACUGCAAGCAUCCUGGGGCUCCUUGCUUGUAACCAAGCUUUUGAUUCCCCCUUUCCAUUGCAGUGCUGUUGACCAGCUGCAUGUUAACAUCUAUUUGGUUUGCAAAGAGCUUCUGACUCUCCACUGAAUGUGGAAGGUGGUGCUUGCUGGAAGCUUUGUGUGUGUGUGUGUGCGCGCAGAAUGCCUAUGGAGCUGAGAAGGAGGUUAAUCGAGUGGAAUGUUCUUGAGCAAUUAGAAAUAGUACUCUUGGAAGACAGAAACUUUUCCUUUCAAUUUGGUGGAACAGAGAGGAUGAGUGUGAAUUGCUCUUAAUAAAUAAUAUGUUGGGUUAAUCCGCUCCUUUAGGCUUCAGCAAUUGCUGAACUGCAUCUUGAAAGGUGGCUGGCAAUUGCUGACUCAUGUUGACUAUAAUUUUAGAUGAAAGUAAAAAUUUACGGACACUGAUUAGAUUGGUGCAUUAUCAUUAUAGUUUUCUCUCUGUGAUAGAAGGCUACAUAACAUUUAUGCAGGAUGCAGUACAGUAUAGUUGUAAAGCAAACUAUUGUGAGGGAUAGUAGCUAUUCCUUAGCAUGUCAGUAUUUGAUGUGCAUGAAACAUUAACAGGAAUAUUGUUUCUAAAGAGAAGGAAGUGUUGUGUAUAACACAGUUGAAACCAUUUAUAUAUAGGAAGAGUGUAUUGCACAUGAUGCUUGCAGGAUCUCUAUGCUUCACUGAAGAGUCAUUGGAAUGUGACUGUUGUUACUGCUUUCCUUGGUCUCCUAUCUUUAUCUCCUUGCAUGGAGAUUAAGGCUGCAACUGGGUUGGGUUAUGAUCAUGAGCUAUGGCAAAGGCAGGAAGCAUUAAAAAUAAGAAAUAUAGUAAAUGCCAUUUACUAAACAUUUGGUGUGACAAAAAUGGGGAAUUUGAUAUCUAUCAAAGCUUGAUUUGAUGGAAAUGCAGAGAUAUGGCAAUUGCCCCCAAUAGACGUAUGUAUUUACAAAAAAUAACUGCAAUUUGCUCUGGAUAUUUUAAAAGAGUAAUUUGUAAUGUGUACUUCAGAUUGUUUUGCUCAGAUCAGAAAAUGAACAUUUGUUUGGUAUCCUUGUGGUAUUUUGCCUGGUUAAAGGUUGCCUGGAAUAGUUGCCAAACAUUUAAAUAUGCAUUUCUCUCUUGAGUCAUUCUUCUAGAAAAACCUAGGUACUAUGUAAAAUUGUCUCCAUUAAGAUAACAGAGUAAUUUUUAUUAUAGACAAGAUAGAAGGGAAAGGAUUUACCAUUUUAUCCCAUUACGGUAUAUUAUAAAGACUUAGAAUGUGUUUUAAUAUUUUUAAGUCUUUAUUGGGAUAAAAAUCCAGCUGAACAAACAUAUAACAAAAAAUAUUAUUUUGUUUCCGUGUUGUUUUUCAAUUGUGCAGUCCCCAAGGCAGCUUGCAAGGAGAUUAAAACAAUUGAUAAUACUGUACUGUACAGUAAAAUAAGAGCAAGGCUAUGUGGGAGAUCUGCUGUGGUGUGGGCAGACCUUCACUCACAUAGCAUAACUUCAUCUUCCUCUCGGGAAAAUCUGUGAAACUGGGGACCUUAAAGAGUAGAUUUGGGGGGCAUUCAGGGGGCUGGAGGACAGAGGGGGGAAACCCACAAAUCCUAUUGCAGGGGUGGGUUUUUGUUGACUGUUGGUGCUUCUGAAGCCUUGUGCAUAGUGCUUUGCAAGUCCCAAUGAUCAGCUGAUUGUUGUCACUUUGAAGACUAUACCCACACAGCUUGAUUUCAAACCAUGCAAGCAAAAAUGGUUCACCCAAUGUCAUUGUAGAAUCAAGCCCACCUUUCAAAUGUGGUGGGUGGGGCAGAUAAGGAUUUGCCUUUUCAGUCAGAUCCGAUUACCCACUGCUUUUGUGUGUGUGUUUGUGUUUAUGGGGUGGAAUUUUGAAAGCAGUGAGGUCAGAGGCAAGUGGAAUGCAAAAUGCACAGGCUGAAGCUUAAAUGUAUCUAAAAUUGAUACAGUCACUAUUCACAAAGUAAUGUUGAUGAUAAUACUGUACAAACAUUCUGGCUUUAGUAAGAUAAAUGACAGCUGAAGUAGGAUAAAAAUGUGUUAUAUUGAUUAAGGCCUAAAUAAGGAGGCUCUUACCUGUGAAAGCUUGUGCUAUAAUAAGGUGCAACAAAACUCUUUGCCUAUAGUUAUGUUAAGUGUGGUUGUGUUGGUUUAAUUAGCUUUGUAUGAAAUCGUAUUUAUUUUUUCUUCUUUUUACAAAGCGUUAUUUUCUUGUUGGGAGCAAUCAUGCAGAAACCAAAUAUCGUGUCUUGAAAAUUGAUCGCACCGAACCAAAGGAUUUAGUUGUUAUUGAUGACAGGGUGAGUACAUCACAAUUUGAGACAUUAUAGCGAGCAGUAUUAAUAAUCAAAUAUUUUGAAUUCAAGUGGAAAUGAAGCUAUUCAGAUGGUCCCUUUCCUAAUGUUUCAUUUCAAAAUAUUGGUUCCUCUCAUUUUAUAUUGUAGAGGGGCUGAACAGUAGUAAAUGAAUGGCUGUGGUGGCUGAUUUUGUUGUGGUAACUGGGAACGACUUCUGAGCUUGGCUCAUAUCAAAAUGUUCUGUUCCUAUGACAGAAAUGGCUUCCUCCUAUGGAAGAUCUCUUCUGAAGAAAGAACACAUUUAGGUACAACCUACAAUGUCCUCUGAGAGAGAAUUUGAUUGCAUAUUUUUCUCCUGUGUCAUAGAAAAUGAAACUUGUAGGACUGAAGAAAAUCCAUUAGUUUUAUCUCCAGUACUAUAGUAAAAGAGAUGGAAAUUGAUUAAGAUAUGCUUCCCCCCUCCCUCUGUGCUUAUUUGUUGUGUGCCAAGUGGCUGUGAGACCCAUUGCUUUUGAUUUUUGUAUCAGCCUGAUAAUUCACAAUUAUCUCAUUCUGCCAAGCACUAAGAAGGAUAUUAUUACCCAUUUUACUAUACAAUUUGUGCAGAUAAUAAUAAUAAUAAUAAUAAUAAUAAUUAUAGAGAAAAAUGAUUGUUGGCAUCCACCUGUUGAUAUACCCUUUUGAAUGAUCAAGUCAUAAGAAUGCAUUUCGUGGUCUCUUAUUUAUUGCCAGGAGUAUGUGUGAUGGAAUGAUUUCCUAUGGAACCAUUUAAAUGAGUUCUCUGCGGCAACUUACCAUCUGUGUGGAUUUUUCUGGAAUGAUACUAUGAGCAAGAACCAUCAAAAACCUUACAUCCUAGUUAAGGAUUCUUCUUGAAAAAUCCUCUCAAGUCACAAUAUUCAGCCCCAGUAGCGUCUCCAGUGUUAUAGGACUCUUAUCCAAUGGAUAUUAUUUCAGCUUUUUCUAUCAACAUAUUACAAAGUCUAUCUCCCUCAUUGAGUCUUCAGUAUUAUUUAAAUGAGUUGCUAACAACAUAGCUUAAGAUUUUUUGGAAUGUUAAUUAACCAUAAUUGAAUCUAUGUUUUUUAAUGUGAAGAAAACACAAAACACUUUAGACUGGGGCCUAAGCUGUAUUUGAACCCUUUUUGAAAUCAACCCACUUUGCUGCUAUACAUCUUGCAGCAUCUGGUUUACAAUUGGAUUAUGCUUUAAAAAACAUGAAAGGAUGAGGAAAACAGCAAUCAGUUCAUUCAUUUUCCAACAAGACAUAGAAACAGUCCUUUCUCCGUCUGUAUAUGCAUUUAUUCUGAGCAGUUUUUAAAGGAACAUAUUUUUAUAUGAUUGCAUAUUCUCCAUUUUAAGCAUGUCUAUACCCAACAAGAGGUGAGAGAGCUGCUUGGUCGCUUAGAUCUGGGGAACAGGACAAAAAUUGGACAGAAGGGCUCCUCUGGAUUAUCCCGCGCAGUCUCUGCUUUUGGUAUAGUAGGUAAGGCACACCUUUUUAUAUAUUUAUUUUUUUAUUAUGAAGUGACUUGCAUAAAUUUGAAUAUUAUCAAGUCUUUGUAAGUAGAGUUACCGUAUUUUUCCAUGUAUAACAUGCCCCCGUGUAUGAUGCCCCCUUUUUGGGGGGACUCAAAAUUAAGAAAAUGGGGGGAGAUUGCCCCCUGUGUAUAAGACUACCCCCCAUUCUUUAACAUUAUUUUUUAGUAAAAAAACCUAGUCUUAUACACGGAAAAGUACGGUGAUUCAUGAAACCAGACACAAAAUCACAUAACUAAAAGGGAAUUUGACCCUCAGUUUGAAUAAAGGUUCCUCGACCCUGCAAUAAAACUAUAGACAAUUCAAGAAAAACUGUAAAAGCAGAAAAGCAGCAAAACGUACUAAAAUACCCUGUCUGUUAAAAGCUAUUGUGCCUAAAAGUUAAAAAGCUAGACUUCAGCUGAAUGUAUUGUGUAGAGCAGGCAUAAGCAAACUUGACCCUCCAGAUGUUUUGGGACUACAACUCCCACCAUGCCUGACCACUGGUCCUGUUAGCUAGGGAUGAUGGGAAUUGUAGUCCCAAAAAAUAUGGAGGGCCUAGUUUGCCUAUGCCUGGUAUAGAGUAUUUGCCAUCUGAGGCACUACCACUGAAAAAAAAUCCUAUCCCCAGGAACCACUUGUCUAAGUUUUGAAGGUGGGAAUAUCUGGACUAGAGUCUUUGACAAAGAUCUUAAAAAGCAGGUAGGCUCAUAUGAGAACUUGUAUUUGCUGUUGUUCCUGCACACACAUGCAGCAUUGUUACAGCAUGCAAAAUGUCUCUGAAUGUAGAUAAGUAAUUAAGGGCCAGAGUAACUAGCCAAAUGCCAGAAUCCAUAGUUGAUGAGUAGUUAAAUGAUUACGCCUAAUAAAAUUCAAAGAAUGAAAAAUUCACCUGGUCUCAGCAUCAAAUAUUACCACUUGAAGUGGAUGUGGUAUUUUCUUAUUCUGCUAGGCAGGGGUUCUUUUCCCUGCAGUGAUGAAAAGUUUUUUCAAGUUGAAUUUAAUAACGACGAAGUGUAGACAAAUCAGUCAUUGUACAAUCAGUCACGUUGCAGUAUCAGACAUUGAUAUGGGGUUUUUUUUGUUUCCUUAGUUCACCCCGGCACUGACUUGAUGAAAUAUCCAUCAAGAAUCCAAUAAAUUAUUUUGUAAGGAAAAGAAAAGAAAAUCAAAAGCCAGCAACCACUUUCAAAAGCACAUUUUAAUUUAUAUCCUUGAAUAAUUUAGUUUACAAUUUAGAAGGAAAUGCAUGCUCAUUUCAUACAAUUCUGUAAAUUAAAGGAGAUCCAUUUGCACAUGAGUUUUCUUCUCCAACUGCAGUUUUCUGAGGUGUUAGGAAAUACAACUUGAAAUGGCAUGUGCUUGGUUUUAGCCGUCUAGUACUAUAUUGAAUAAAAUGACAGAAGUCAUUUCUUCUGUCUUUUACAGGCUUUGUCAGGUUUUUAGAAGGAUACUACAUUGUGCUAAUUACAAAGAGAAGAAAGAUGGCAGAUAUUGGAGGACAUGCAAUGUAUAAAAUAGAAGAUACAACUAUGAUAUAUAUUCCAAAUGACUCUGUACGAGUGACUCAUCCUGAUGAAGCAAGGUAAAUUAUCCUUUUUCUCUUUGAGAUAACAUAAUCAUACACAGAGGACAAGGGUUAAUAGCACAGUGAUAUGCAUGUCUACUCAUAAGCUGGCAUCCAUGUGUCUUGGGAAACAGUGGAGGAGUGGUUCUUUAGGGGUGAAGUCAAUCCUUUGGAGAGUUACAGUGCCUGUAGAGACCAAUAGGUCUUAUACACGGAUAGUGCAUAGUGGAGUCAUGGGAUUGCUUGCUGCCAUGAACCGGAGAUUGCCAGCAGCUAUUGGGCAUGUCAUUGGUGGCUGCGGCAAGGGCUGGUAUUGAUUGUCUGUCACUGAUCAGCGGACAGACAAUAUAUGGCUUUUGUGACGCGUGUGAGUGUUGUCAUAGGUCAUGCAGGUGAGCUCAACAGCUCUGGGCAAUCCUCCCCCAAAAAAGCUCAACAACUAAAAAUUUCAACAACUAUGGACAAUCUCCCCACCAUUUUCUUAAUUUGGAGUCCCCCAAAAUAGUGGGCGUCUUAUACAUGGGGGCAUGUUAUACAUGGAAAAAUACGGUACUCCAGGUAAGUUUGUGUAGGAUUGCUGCCUCAUUUCCUUACCUUUCAGAGCACUGGUGGGAAACCUUUGGCCUACACUGUUUUGGCCAAGACUCAUCACCUGACAUUGUAUGAAGUCUAGUAUUGUCGCUUGUCUUUAUACUGGUGCAUUGUCAUUAACUAAAGUUUUGGUGUUUCCUUCUCUUUCAUGACUUUUUUUUCUAGGGUAUGUACAGCUAUCAUAUGCUCUCCUGGCAUCUUCAUUCUUAUAGAGAGGAUAUAGUUUUGAGCUCACAAACCAAUAUAAGAAAUAUUCAAAACAUGUUCAGAGCUAAUGAGAAUGACUCUUUGACUAAUAGGAUGUUUCAUUGUUGGUGGAGGGGCUAAAGUAUUGGGGCUAUAACAAAACACACCCUUGCUUUAUGAGAAUAUUAUCUUACUGUGUCUUUAGAUACCUUCGAAUAUUUCAGAACGUGGACCUGUCUAGUAACUUUUAUUUCAGGUAUGUUUUUCAUUUCAAAUGAUUAUUAGAAUGUUGAAAUUGGUUCUUAAUUAUGGAACAUCCAAGAAUUCCUUCUCCAUUAUCUCUCUCACAAUCCUGCGGAAGGAUAAAGAUGUCUGAAGCAUUUCCAUUUAGAAACGCUCACAGGCAACUUAUUUGUUGAAACAGAAUGUGCUUGUUGCCUACCACUGUCCAGGUCCUAGGAUCCUUCUGCUCUCUCUUGUGAAAUUCAAGUCAAGUCAAGUAACCUUUAUUGGCAUCACAUAGGAACAUUCAGAUACUUACUUGGCAGGGGAGACACCUUGAUCAUAUGUCAAAUUGUCUGAGCCAUUCUUGUCUCUGGCUCCUUUACCUGGUUGCCAUUAAGUCCCCUCGAUCACUUUUUCAUGUAGUUUGAUCCCUGCAGUGGUGAAGGUGGAAGUUCCAAGGAUCAGUGGACACAACUCACCACUUACAAAGCUAAUGAUGGAUGAAUCCUUCCAUCUCAGUUUUUAGAAAGGGCCUCAGCUAAAACAAGUUAUUUUUCUCUGUGAAAUCUGAAAAUGACUAGUAUUAUUUCUGAGCCCAUUCUGAAAUUUUCACUCCUCUGCAUUCCCAACCAUUUCAUUGAGAGUGUGACAGGAGCUAAGUCUUCUUCCUCCUCCUCCCACACAUCAGAGCCCUGCCCCAUCAUCCCUUUUUCUUAUCACAAAAUGUACCUGGGUGAGAUCUCCACUAGUCACUGCUGACUAGGAUCAGGGGCGGAGGGAGGGGUGUGUGGUGGGGGUGGGCUGCCCCGGGUGUCACUACUGAGGGGGGUGACAAAAUGCCAAGCAGCACUCACCGUGGGGCCUGAGCCACACGUCUCCCCUGGGAGAGACACAGUGGCUUGGGCAUGCACAGACUCCAACGCUGCCCAAACUGUCCGCCCGCUGCCUCUCCCUCAGCUGUAGGGCGGCUGAGUGGGAGGAAGCAGGCAGACUCUGGCAGUCUCACAGAGUGUCCUGCCCCAGCCCCCGUGUCCUGCCCUGCCCCUGUGGGUGGCUGGCCCCGCCCCUGGGCGCAAGGCACAUGCGCCGCCCCAGGCACCCCAGCGGCUUGCUUUGCCACUGCCUAGGAUACAGAAAAACCAGUAUCUUAGGUGCCAAGAACCAUGGGGCAUGUAAUUUCCAGCAAUUCUGUUCCAAGUGUCCUGGAAUACUACAUUUCCUGAGAUACCUAGCACCUGGGAUGCUUUCAUUUCAGUAUUUCGGGCAUCAGGAUGGGGGAGAUGUUACAAAGAGGCGUCCCAAGAGGCUUAACUGUAGCUGCAAACAGUUAAGCUUUGGGCAAUGGGAAGGAAGAGUGAGAGACUGAGCUCAUGAUGAACCAAGCCCAAGCUCCACCAAAGUUACAAGUUAUCAGUUUCAGCACUCCAUUUAAUAACAAAGCUGCAGGAUUGUUGUUGUUGUUGUUUUAUUUUGUAAAUGUCUGCACCACAGGAUUAUCAUUUUUACCUUGCAUACCCAAGUCAGAUCAGUUUCAAUAAAAGUGUCUACUCUUGGGACUGGUCUGGAAGCUCCAUCUUGUGCAAAACGCUGCAACUAGACUGAUGGUAGGAACAGGCUACUGCCAGCACAUGUCUCUGGUGCUUAAAAGCUUGCAUUGGCUGUUUACGUGUUUAUGGGCCAAGUUCAAGGUUCUUGUACUGUAUUACAAGGCCCGUAAUAUCUUGAGUCCAGAGUACCUUAAGGACUUCCUGAUUCCUGAUAUCCCUGCCCAGCCACUAAGAACCUGGGGGGUGUCUCAUUAGUGGUCCCCCAUGGCUCAGACGCCCAGCUUGUAUCCACCAGAAGCUACACAUUUGGUAUUGAGGACCCAGAUGAGAUCAGAUAGGUGCCCUCCCUUGUUGAGCCUUAGUCGCUUGACAAAGACCUUUCCAUUUCAGCAUGCAUUUUAAUGACGUUUAUGUUUUUAUGAUUAAUUUUAUCCACUGCAUGCUUUUUUGUAAUCUUUAUGCACACUGCUCAGAAAGUCAUGUGAUAAAGCAGUAUAUAAAUAGCUGAAAUAUUAAAUAAGUAAAUGUUUGUAUUUUGCCCUACCUCCAAAGGAUCUCAAGGUGCAUAAUAGUGUUAUUCCCUUUUAUAAUCAUAGCAGCCCUCUUAGGCUCUGAUGAUGAGGGACUAGACAUGGUCACUCAAGUUGUGUCUUGACUGAGGAAGAGCUCAUGUUCUGCCCACUGCACCCCACUGACCCUUCUGUACCAUAUUGGAUUAGGCCCGCCCAAGGCAUAUGCAGAAGCCAUAACACCUGAAGGUAGCCUGUUUUGCAUUUGAGCAACUGUGGACCUGUAUCCUGAAUUAUGUCAAAAGCACCUCUACCAUUGUAUUUCUUUUUCAUCCUGAUUUCAGCUACAGCUAUGAUCUGUCCCACUCUCUUCAGUAUAACCUUACUGUUCUGAGGAUGCCUCUUGACACACUAAAGGCAGAAACAACUCGAACGAGGCAGGAGAGUUUUGAUAUUUUUGAAGAUGAGGGACUUGCAACUCAGGGUGGAAGUGGUGAGUGUGACUUAAAUAGAAAUAAGCCAUCAGGCAUAUAUUUGGAAUUAUUUCAACAGCAGAAACAUCUAGCUCUUUGUUAUUGAUUGUUGUAGUGUUGUAACAGCUCCAACUUAAUGAAAGAUUACAUAAAGAGCCAAUUACAGCUAGUGGAGUUGGUUUUUUAUGUUUUUGACCAAGACAAUGUCUAUAAAAGAUUAAUUGCUUAUUUUGGUAAGUUAAAUGGUAACUCAGGAGAAUAAUUGGACAUGCUGAAAUAUAUUUUUUUUGGACAAUUAAUUAUUCAACUAAUUUGAAGGUUUGACAGAUACAAAUUUAUGCAUGAAGCAUUAAUCUGUCUUCCGUAGCAUUUAAAUAGUGUUAAUAGCUACUGCUGUUUUGUUCAACAGUGCCAAAUACUGAUGGGAAAAUAGGGUAGUGCUGUUUUAUCUUGUUAGAAUUGUAGUGUUUGGGAGCACUCAUGAACUUAAGCCUUUCAUUUUAUUUUUGGAUCAGCAAUGAAAAUUAAAUUUGUUUUUAAAAUUUCAGUUAUAGGAAAAGAGAGGGAUAAGUUACUGGAGGGAAAAUGUGGAGAAUUUGGGUCCUGUUUAGACAUUCUUAAAUGGUAUCUGUGGAGGGGCUGCCUGUACAGGCCUCCACCUGCAACCUUUGCAUGUUGAGUGGGAAGGAUUAAAGGGGAAUUAUCAGUGCAUAUGGCCAAAAAUGGUUACAAUUCUUCCCUAGGUACCAUUUUGCAAGGAGGAUUGCAACCAUGUUUGCUCAAAUGCAAGUUCAAUUUCCCUUCAUGUUUCCAGUCAAUAUGAGAAGGUUGGGGUGGAGGGGCCAGGGCCAGCAGGUAUACCCCUACAACCCCUCCACAGUUAAAAUUUGAGAGUGCAUGAGUAGGGUGUUGGUUUUUUGUCAUAGCUCCCAUCUCAUCGUGAAGGGAGUGAGCAUGAGAAGCACUCAUGUCGGCUAUCCUGGAAUCUUAUAGAAUCCUUAAUAAUAAUAAUUAGAUGAAGUAUCACUCAUGUGGGUAGUUUGUAAAACUCCUACCAUUUUUGGGGUGGGGGAGAAGCAUAUAUAAUGACUCUCAUUCUAUAAUGUUUGAAGGAAAUCUGGCUUUCCUAUAUGCCUCUUAAUACAUCACCCUGGGAUCUUUGGAUAAAGGGAGAUAUGUAAAUUGAAUAAAUGAUAAAAUUAAUAAUAGUAUUGGGGAACUUUGUUUCCUGAGACUAGCUUGAGCUCCUGCUCCCAUUUCACCUUUAUAAGACAUAGACUGUAGAUGUAGUACAGUGGUAUCUCGGUUUACAUACGCUUCAGGUUACAGCCUCUGCUAACCUAGAAAUAUUACCUCGGGUUAAGAACUUUGCUUCAGGAUGAGAACAGAAAUCGUGCAGCGGCGGCGCGGCGGCAGCAGGAGGCUCCAUUAGCUAAAGUGAUGCUUCAGGUUAAGAAGUUUCAGGUUAAGAACAGACCUCCAGAACGAAUUAUGUUCUUAACCCGAGGUACCACUGUAUAUGACUAAAGUAGAGUCCUGCUGCACCAGACCAAAGAUUUGUGUAGUCGAGCAUCCAGUUUCCAACAAUGGUCAGCCAGAGACUAUUGACAUUGUUUCUGUUUUCUCCUGACCUUGAAAACAGUGCAGAAACUGAGGGGGUGAGAGCAUUCAAAAUCAGUGAUUAUGAAAAAGAUCUUUGUUCACUGUUUAAGAUAGAUAAAAAUAGAUUAUCGCCUAAAUACGUAUGCAAUUGAUUUGAGUUGGGAACAAUCAGUCUGAUUAAAAUCCACAUUGAGCACACAUACUUACCGUUUUUGGUUGCAAUUAUUUUUCAGGUGUGUUUGGAAUUUGCAGUGAACCUUAUAGGAAAUAUGUGUGGAAUGGUAAACUGCUUGACAUAGUCAAAACCACGGUUCAUCGAGACUGGUUGUUGUAUAUUAUUCAUGGAUUUUGUGGACAGUCAAGUAUCCUCCUACUGUUGGUGAUUUAUGUUUACUACAGUAACAGCAAAUUGAAAUUGUAGAAAGAGAAAUGAAUUAUGGUAACAUACAAUAUAGUUGUUGUUCAGCGUCUUCGGACAUGCUAAUUAAACCCAUUCACAAAUUAAUUGCCUAGUUCUUUUUUUAAGGAUCUUUCUUGGAUCUAAUUGCUGUGAAAAGGGGACAUGAGUUUUCAGUUUUCAUCUGCUGCAUAGAUAAUGAAACACAAUGAAGGAAAAUUCUUAUUCCAAGCAUGCAUGUUACGAGAAAUCGUCCAUGGGCUAGUAUUGCCAGUAAAGAAAUAAGGGCUUGAUAAUAGCUUAAUUUACCUAUCACAGUGACCAUGUCUUUAACUAGCUCCACUGUGGUCAGGUCUCAAUAGGAUAAUUGAACAGACUAAUUUAGGGGCAGAUAGUUGGAAACACAAAAGAGUAGAAUUACUAUAAAAAUACAUUAGUUGAAAACAGCUCCAAAAUGUGCAACAGAAGGAUCAAAUAGAAUAUACACUGAAGCAAAUGACACUUUAUUUGUUAUUUUUGAAUUGCAACUAAAAAUAUCCUGUGUAAAAUAUUAUUUCCAUUUGUAGUAGCCUUUACUUGUAGCUCCAUAUGUUUAAGAUUGAAAACUGCAUAUAUUUCUAAACAUAAAUCCCGUUGCAUGUGAGCACAGGGCAUGUAUCUUCCAAAGCUCCCCCUACACCCACACGAUUAUCAAGGACUAUUAUUUGUAAUACUGAAGCCUGAUGCUCAAUGUAAUAUCUGAAAUUGAAUUGUUGCAUAACUAUAUGUUUAGUAUUUGGUUCUUAGAUUCUUUUUUAGUUCAAUAUAUAUAAAACAUUCUGGAAAUAAUAUGCUUUCAUUCAGCAUUGCUUUUAGAAGGUCAUCUAGCCUUAGCAUAAAUAGUCUUUGUGAAGUAGCCAUGGCUACCCUGUACGUUCAUUAAGGACAUUUAUGAAAGAGCAUUGAAAGGGGAUUUGCUUUUUUUAUCUUUCAAUUUUAUUGCAAAAACCCACAUUUCUUGUUUGAGAAGAUGCAUGGGAUUACAAGUCUUUGGCAAAAGUGGUAAGCUGAUAUUCUAGUCCCACAGUCUCAGGGCUGCUGAAUGUUUGAGAGUUCUCAUAUCUGCUUGAAAUAACUCUUUGUCCAGAUAAAGUAAUCCAAAAUACCGCCCUAUAGGACGCACCUAGUUUUUUGGGUGGGAAAUAAAGAAAAAAAAUUUAUUCCCCCCCCCCCCCCAGGCACAGGGCUGGCGCAGGGGAAGCCCGAGCUUCCCCCGACCCCAGCCCCCAGAAUAGCCUGCUAUCCGCAAGCCUAGGGAGCCGCGCCGGUCUCCCCAGGCUUCUGGACAGCUGUACGAAGCCCGGGCGCGCUCUUCAGCGCGCCCGAGGCUUCGAAAUGCAGGCAGCUCUGUGCGACCCUCCGGAGCCCGGCGCGGCUUGGCGCCGGGCUCCGGAGGGUUGUGCAGAGCUGCGCGGACUCCGGGAGCGCAGGCAGCUCUGCGCGACCCUCCGGAGGCCGGUGCGGCUUGGCGCCAGGCUCCGGAGGGUCGCGCAGAGCUGCGCGGACUCCGGGAGCGCAGGCAGCUCUGCGCGACCCUCCAGCGGCCAGCGUGGCUUGGCGCCGGGCUCUGGAGGGUCGCGCAGAGUUGCGCGGAGCCCGGGGGGGCAGACAGCUCUGCGCGACCUUCCGGAGGCCGGUGCAGCUUCGCGCCGGGCUCCGGAGGGUUGCGCAGAGCUUCCUGAAGCCUGGAGAGCGAGAGCCUCUUGCUCUCCAGGCUUCAGCGAAAGCCUGUAUUCGCCCCAUAGGGCACACCCACAUUUCCACUUCAUUUUUGGAGGGGGGAAAGUGCGUCCUAUAGGGCGAAAAAUACGGUAGUUAAAAACCAUUUCUUUUGCUUUUGUUAUCAAUAUUCUUGUUUGAAAUGGAAGCCCUGCAGAUGGCUAUAUAUUAAAAAAUAGAAUAGAAAUAGACUAUAUCUAAAAAAAAAAGAACUCUUCAUCUGCUUCAAAACAAGUUACAAAAAGGCACUGAGAGUAGGUGUAUUCAUGUAUAUGCCAGGACUAAGGGAAAAUUCAAGAGAAAUAAGCUAAAGAAAUAAUAUAAACAUCUGUAACCCUUAACUUGGCUUCCAAGAGCUGCUCAUUUAUGGUCGUCCAGUGUACGUCACCCUGAUAGCUAGAAGAUCAAGUAAAUUUGCUGGAACACGGUUUCUGAAGAGAGGGGCAAACUGUGAGGUAAAAUAGAUCAUUAUCUGUUUUUUCAUUGUGAGAGUUUCAUGAAGACAUGUUAUUGCUAUAUAGAGAAUAAGACCUUGAUUCCUUUAGCUUUGUAGCACGUGUAUUUUGCCUCAUUUGCGCAACGAUACAAGCAAAUCUAAAACUUGUAAAUCUUGGUAUUUUUGAGGAUGACAUUUAUAGUUAAAAAUUCAUGUGGUGUAUUUAAUGUGCUUAAUUUUUUUAAUGUAAAAUACUGGAAACCCUUGGGCUUUAGUGAGUGUCCUUGAAUACAGUGAUCUAAUUUACCAUAUAUCUUUUCUAGGCUUUGUUGUGCAAUUACAGGUAUACUACAAUUUUCUAAUCACAUUGUGCAUGUUCACAUAGGAACAUGCCUACUUAUGCCUAUCGGUGCAACUACCAUUGGCAAGUAGCCCUAAGGGAACGUGGCCUUCAGAUGAAAAUUGUUUCCCAUUCCUGAAAUAGACUUACAAGCCAGCGUAUACUCAGGAUCCUUAUUCUCAAGUGGACGUUUCAGAUGAUGAUUGGAUUCCAUUUGAACAUCAAGGUCUAGGGGAUUAUUCAGAAUUGUCUGUCCUUAGUUCUUUUUGUUGCCUAGAGACGCUGCUUACCUAUAUAGGUAAGGGAACAAAACAUCUGGGACCAGAUAAAGCAUAUUUCAGUAAUUAAAUUCCUUAGGCUUAUACCAGGCAGUCUUCUAGUACACUCAUGGGUCUCCGGUUUGACGCAGCUAUGGAUUUAGGCUGUUCAACCUGAAAAUGUUUUUGUAGAAGAAAGCAAAACUAAAAUUAAUAGGGCGUUCUUCCCAACAAAUUUGUUUAGGUCUGGAGUUAAAAACCUUAAAGUUGGAUUAAGAACAAGUGCAUUUGUUCAGCAUUGCUUUAACUACGAUAAGUCUGAUGAAUGGGUGGUAUAAAUGUCAUUUACGAGGAUGCGGCUGAAAAUGUGAUGUCCUGGCUUUUUUUUUGGUACAGGGAGAUGUAGCUAACGAAGUAGAAACUGAACAAAUACUCUAUGAUGCUUCAGUGAUGUCAUUUUCUGCUGGAAGCUAUUCAUCUUAUGUCCAAGUGCGGGGUUCUGUCCCUCUCUAUUGGUCUCAGGAUAUUUCAACAAUGAUGCCUAAGCCACCAAUUACAUGUGUGUAUACAAUAUGUUAUCUUAGAACUUGUACAGAUGCCUACUGUCAAAUCACUAGCUCUCAUUAAUCCAUUCCAUUGCACACAGGGACUAUAAAUGUUGUCCUUCCAAGUCGCAGACAAGACAAGGAAUUUUUAUUUUUUUUGCGCACAUGCAUAGCAAUUACAAUGAAAAGAAAGUAACGGGACAUAGGGUGUCAACUAGGUAUCUCUUUUAAUGUCUAGCUUGAUCAGACAUCUAUUCCAAGAUCUAUUUCUUCGACCUGUUUGGGCUCCACUAUUCAGUCCCUAAACUAGGUCUGAUUUUUCAACUGAAGGCGGUUUUGCAUAGGGUUUUGCCCAGUUCCCCCUACACACAGCUGCCCCCAGUUUGCAGCCUGGCAAUAAAAUUACAAGGAUUGUAGAACCACAAUUGUACCCUCCCUUUGGAAUUAUUUGCCCAACAUUUCCUUACCUAGUGCUUCCAUAAGCCUUAGUAGCUUUCAUUUCUAUUUUAUCAUUUUAAAUGGGAGUUCCAGAUUCUUUUUUUUCUUUUUUGGUUGUCCCUUAACAGUCACAGAUCAGGAAUAAAUAUAUAUUUAACAAAAGGCUAGCAGGCAAAGAAUUUCAUCAGUCUGAAAUAAACCAAAAAAUGUUUCUUUCUCCCUACAUUGUAAUUUAUUUACAAGUUUAUUAAGCUUGCUAAAACUUCAUAGUGUGUGCUUGACACUGUAGUCAAACGCUCCCACUCCUAUGCCAGCUUGAAUAUUUUUGGAGACUGCUAAAACUUGGCACAUUUAGUGGUGUAAUUCCUAAUACAGUGGUACCUCAGGUUACAUACGCUUCAGGUUACAGACUCUGCUAACCCAGAAAUAGUGCUUCAGGUUAAGAACUUUGCUUCAGGAUGAGGACAGAAAUCGUGCUCCGGCAGCACGGCAGCAGCAGGAGGCCCCAUUAGCUAAAGUGGUGCUUCAGGUUAAGAACAGUUUCAGGUUAAGAACGGACCUCCGGAACGAAUUAAGUACUUAACCCGAGGUACCACUGUAACAAAAUACUUUAAUCACAGUCCUCCUAAUAGUAGUUCCUUUUUCUAGUGGAUCAGGCUGACCCCUAUGCACGUGCAGCUGCUCUUCAUUUUGAUCAGAUGCUCCAGAGGUUUGGUUCCCCUAUCAUAAUUUUGAAUCUUGUAAAGGUAAGGCACGGUUUUCUCUCAAUUUAUUCAUUUAUUCAUUAAGCUAAUGAACUUUUCAUAUAUUCAUUUCCUUGUGUUCAUUUCUCAGAGAGAGACUAUUGAAAUCAAGAUGCUGGCUCUUAGAAGAGCAGUGUUUAGCGCUUAAGAUGCAAAGUAGGUUUAAUGAUAAGUUCGUGUGUACAGUGAUAGGCAAGCUUUUGAAGUUAACAGACUUCAUGAAAAACAUAUCUGGGAACAAUGCAGCUUCCACCUUUGAUUUUAAUUUGCAGAUAAUUAUAUUUUACUGCUUUUAUUAUCAUACUGUUAAGAACAUUGCUUUAUGUAUUCUAAUUUCUUGAACAUUCUCGAGGAAAGGCAUCUGGAUCCAAGCUGCAUUAACUGAAGAUUCCACUGCCUUCUGUUGGUUUAGAAAGAAGGCUGGUUCUCUUCCUAUCCCUUCUCCUAGUCCCCAUGAAAAGCAGCUACAAAGGAUCCUUCAAGCUUCUGGAGCCCAUUUAUAGGGGGCAAGUAGGUUUUAGGCCACUUUUGAGGUGUCAGCAAGUGCCUUUUCUUUAUAACUUACCAGUGAGCCAGUUCUUCCCACUGAAGUGCUUAAAAUGCAGUGGGAUAAUCUGUUGAACUGUCACAUGAAAUAGAGACUUUUGUGCCCUUUUGUAGGUUUCAGCUAUGCCCUUUGGUAUGAAAAGUGCUUGGAGCAUUUAUGUAAGGUAAAAAAGUAAAGGACCCCUGGAUGGUUAAGUCCAGUCAAAGGCAACUAUGGGUUGUAACACUCGCUUCAGGCCAAGAGAGCCGGCGUUUGUCCACAGACAGCUUUCCAGGUCAUGUGGCCAGCAUGACUAAACCGCCACUGGUGCACAGAGGAAUGUGAUGAGUACCAGAGCACACAGAAACACCAUUUAUUUUCCCGCUGCAGUGGUACCUAUUUAUUUACUUGCACUGGUAUGCUUUCAAACUGCUAGGUUGGCAGAAGCUGGGACAGAGCAAUGGGAGCUCACUUUGUCAUGCGGAUUUGAACCGCCGACCUUCUGAUUGGCAAGCCACCUGUGCCACCUGUGUCCUAGCAUUUAUGUAGCACAGUUCCUGGAUAUCUUUAUCCUGUUUGCAAACAGAUGGUACAGAUCCCCCAUCCUUGUGAAACCAGCCUCUUCCAAAAAUCUAAAUGUCUGCAAGUGCCAUAUGUACACUAUCUACAGACCAUCUGCAGUGUUUGACAGCCUUCAGCAAAUGAUGCAUAGACAUAACUUAGUGAGUGCUGAUGUGAGGGAGAAUUGUACUCUGAGGAAGCUUGCAUGAUUCACUGCACUCUUCCUUGAAGACCAAUCCAAGUCUUAAAAGUAAAAUUGGAGUCCUAAUCCACUCUCAUUCGUGAUGUAUGUAGCAUUUUUAGGCAUUGUGUGCCAGUGUUUUAUAUUUGUGAUUGUAAGCACUUCUACUAGAACUCAGUGGCUAGCAUAAUUGUGGUAUCCAAAUAAAUAAAGUAAAAAUAAUGCAAAAGUCAUUUUGGAAAGUGAGGGCUCAUUCUCAAACCAGCUCAACUCUGACAGCUCUUUUAGGCAAAAUCUGUCUAAAACUAGUUCAUUAGGGAGUAGAAAUAUCUUCCCAACAGUAAUCUAAAGCAUAUAAUACAUUUUGCAUUUUCUUUCUCAUCAAUCUGACUGGGUUUCCCCAGCCACCCUGGGCAGCUCCCAACAGAAUAUUAAAAACACGAUAAAACAUCAAACAUUAAAAACUUCCCUAACAGGACUGCUUUCAGAUGUCUUAAUUUACAAAAUAUCCUUUUGAUCUGUGUAGAUCAUAAAUUGGAUUGAAGGAGCUGUGUCUUGGGAAUAAAAUAAACCAGGCUACCAAAAUAGUUCAUUUGUUUUCACUUGCAUUGUUCCAGGGCUCUUUCAGAACAGCUGUCAACAGCCAAUUCAACACUCCAAAAUGCAUUUGCCUAACAGGAUCUGCAAGUCCCAUAAGAGUCUUUCAACAUCCCUCUUUCUCCAUCUCUGUCAGCUUCUAUUUGUGGAUCCUCCUGGGAGAAAAAUAAUAUUAGUACCAUUAUUUCAAUAUAUUGUAAAGCUAAGUUAAACAGAUACAUGUGAGGCUCUACAUGAGGCUUCUAAACAGAACAGGGCACAGCUGAAAGGAAAUUUAAUGUGUAUAGAGGUAAGCAUUUUUUAACAACCAAGUUUUUAGUGCUUAAGUUCAAACAUAGUAAGUUGUAAAAGACUGAUGUAGCAAAAAGGGCAACUAUUAAAAUGUUUCUCUAGGUGCCAAGACUGUGGUGCUCUAGAAGGAACUAAAUCUUAGGAACUUCUGUAACAUUCUGGAUAAAAAUAUUUCAGGAUACCUUUACAGAAGUUUGAAACUCUAGUAUUUCAAGAAACAGUUGAAAAAUUCCAAACCAGUUAUUCUAGCUUUCCUUCCCGGCAUCUGAAGAAGGAGGGGUGCCACAAAGAAUGACUAAGCUGGUUAUCGGCAGGAACUUUUCAUCUUGAGAGAAUAAAACUGGAAAAGAUGUAAGGCGACUCUCUGAUCAGUGUCAGCCACUGGCAGCAGUGUUUCUGCCACACUCCAAAAUCCCUCAUGGGAUGGUCAGUAGAAUCACUGAGUGCAUAGCAUCUGUGCAUCGUUACUUAGUGCAUCAUUGAUUGGCUGCCUAGAUAGACAUAUUUUCUAGGCAGUGCAGUCACGGGCAGAUUACACGCACAUGGCAUGCUCAGAGCAUUAGGGUGGAAGCAAAAGGCUGUAGGGACAAGAGCUGAUGAUUCAUAUGUGUUCUCUUUAAAUUGCUGUACCCAGCUUGUAGAGGAGAACGUGGACCCAAGCCAGGUGUUUCUUGUCAUAGCUCUUUAGAAACUGGAAGAGAUGGGGGAAAGCGGCAGAUGAGACCAAAAGAUACAUUAUAAUGCUGAAAACAGCUAGAAAAUAGGGAAGCAACAGAUGGAAGAAGUUUUCAAGCUAUCAUCAAAAUAUUAAUACAAAUUCUCUUUAUAAGUCCAGGUGCUUGCUUGUGGGUGUGCUAACUCAGCAUUAAGGCUUUUGGAAAGCAGACACUUUCUUUGGUACUUUAUAUUCUUGAAAGCAAAUGACACCUAAGGAAGAAAAAUCCACUUUUCUGUUUAGACAAUUCCCUUGUCUCAUUUAUACUUUCUUUCUGGUGCUGGUCAUUCUGCCUUAGUAUGUUAAAUAUGUUAAGCAUUUGCUAUAUAUAUAAAAAAAUCCAGACAUCUAGCCCUACCUAGUACAUCCAGAAUUGUGGCAAAUCUUUAUGUCUGUUGUAUACAAAGAACAAGAGCAGUAAAAUUUUCUAUGUUUCAAGUCUAUCCUUGGAAAAGGGUGACUUGACUCAUAUUUUGUUAGGCAUAUUUUAAAUUGCGCAUCAUUUAAAUUAUUAUAAUUAUUCUAGUACCUGAACUUUCAUACAUUAGUUUUUGCCUCUGCAGUUCUUGUAUUAUGACCUACUAGUCAUAGAAAAGAUGUGAUAAAUAGUGUGUGCUAUUUAUAUCGGACUGAAUGGUGCAGCCCUAUUGAAAAGCUUUGAGCGAAAGGCCUGCUGAAUAAUGCCAUGGCUUGAUUAAGCCAGAUGCUGCCCUUCACUAUUGUAUCAGUGUAUAUUAUGGUUAUUUACUCCCUUGGGCUUAUAUGACCAUGAUGGUCAAAACAAUAACAAUAAUAAAUGGAGAAGAAGAGUAUCCCAAAAGGUAAACAUAGACCAGCCUUUGCCCAUUAAGUGCAAACUAAGUUGACUAUAUAGGCUUUGUGUGCCUUAGUGUCUUGCAUGGGCUUAUUAGGGGCAGAAAGUUGACUGCCCUAUGCAUGCAUUUGUUGUCAGGAUGAGAGGGACAAUUUUUUUCCAAAAAUCACCUUGAUCCCUGUGCCACUGACAGAAGAUGCUGCUAGAUCAAACAGCCUUCUGUCGGAAAAAGGACACCAUUUGCUUGGGAUGAUGACACAAAUAUAUCACCUUUGAAAACAUUCUGCAAAUAAUACUAGGAAUGUUUUUUUAAAGGUACAAAAAAAGAAGAAAGGUUUACACUGACAGCAUUUUGUAACAUAUGUUUUAGGUGCAUAAUUAAAAGCUUGCUCUACAUUUUUGAAUGCUAUACUUGUUAAAAUGUCUACAGUGGAAGUCAUGAUUACAUAAAAAUGCUGAAAAAGUAUAUCCCUAAUUAUUUUUCCUUUCCACAUCGCAUUAAACAAACAAAUGCAUUUUUUAAAAAACCCUCAUUGAUCUGAAGAAAACUUCCAAAUACUUGAAUUAGAAAGCCUCUCUGGUUGAUUAGCAGUUAAUUCAAUGCUUCCUCACAUGAACAGGAUACUAUUUCCCCUUCCCCCUACACACAAGUGGUAAGAGAGCAUUAAUGUUAACAUCCUUGCAUCAAGCACCCACAGGGAGACACAUUUGCAGCCACACUACAGAAGCCCUGUGAAUGAUUCACAUGGCAGAGUCAUGUGAGCCUGGAUCCACAGUAUAGUUCUAAACUCAAUCUAAAAAUACAAGAGCCACAAUGAUUUUGUUCCCUGUUAUGUCUAAUGUUGUUUACAACGGCCUCGUGCUUGGCUUCUUAAAGGCCUUUUUGAAUUGGGGGGAUGUGUUUACGUUUUAGUCGCUGGAUUUAUACAAUUAAAACUGGCAUUUCGUGAAAUGUGCAACAAUGGUGAAGUAAGGACAAAAAAGAAAUUUAAAAACCUAUUCGAAAGUGUUACUAAUUAUGGAUAUUAUCUAGUCUUGGACUGAGGAAGAGGAUUUAUGAUAAAGACCAGCCUCUUGAAAAUCACACUAAGUUAGUACUUCAGUAUAUUUUUAUAUCAGAAGCACUGCAAGUUUGAAUUACUAAACAAUAGUUGUAUAUUCAAAUAUAAUUUUUUCCUUUCCUUUCCUUUCCUUUCCUUUCCUUUCCUUUCCUUUCUUUAUUUUACAAGUCCAAGUAUGGAUAAGUUUAAUUUAUUGAAUUGCUUCAUAAAACAUUCUUCCUCUAAAAUUUGUAUGGAGAAAUGUUUUAACCAUGGGUUGAAUACAAUGACUGUGAGAGUGGAAAACAGCUGGGCAUGCAGUGGAGGCUGUUGCACUAGGGCUACUGGGCAUAGACCUGCCAAGGAGAAUCUCAAACAAUUAAUAAAUAUCCCCAGUCUCAAAACAAUACACUUUUUCCUGCCCCACAGACAUUUUAUACUUUCACUUGAAUGUAGAGCAGUUCCUGGAGAUACUUAUUUCAGUCUCCUGUUCUCUGGCCAAACAACUCUCUUAGCCAAUCCCAAUCACAGAGUAUUGCAAUAGAUAAGAAGUCCCUUCUGUGUGCCGCCAGGAAUUAUUUAAUGGAAAUUUGAAAUAUAGCUCUUGGCCUUAAAAUAAAUUUAUGUUGCUCAGGCAUCAGUUUGCUUUAGUAGUUUCAUCCUUGGGUGGUUACAGAGGCCAUUUACUCACCCACUGAGGGACAUAGAAGGUAAGAGAAGACAGCUUACUUCCCAAAACGUUAUGCUUGUCUAAUAGGAUGUGCCACCCUCAGCACCAGGUUAAAAGGCCUGAGGACUGCUGUUCUGCUUCUGGCACCUCUACAAAACACUUCAUUAGACUUUUAGUUUGGAAGGGACAGUCAGGCUUUCUCCUUGGCCCCAAUUAACUAGAAGACUAUACUCAAUAGGACUUGAAAAAAAUCUGUCUGAAAAAAUAUUAUGACUAUGCUUUAACUUUUGAAAUUCCACCUCACAAAAUGAUUUAUUAUUUUCCCCUGCUUUCUACAGACUCAGGCUGGUGACUCUGUGGAAAGGAGCUAGUCUCCAUGCUAGUUCUAGUCUUUCUUCAGCUUGUUUUUUCUCAAAAGCAUUGCCAUCAUAGACACGUUGUAUUUUUAUGAUACUAGAUCAUUUCAGGAGGGAACUAAAAGACAAUAUAAACCUACAUAUUGGUCAUUAUGAAUACUGACACUUACUUCCAUUGGCCUGGUUCACGUGGCACUGUAAGCCAAGCUAUGGCUUACCAGGACCUAAAUAAUUGGGCAGGCUUCUGGAGAAAAGCUCACAGUCACUUUGUCUUCCAAGUUCCUUUGUGUUCCUACGCUGUGCUGAGCUAAGCUAAGCCAAGGCUUGAUUAAACAAUACCCCUGCCCAAGAGCCUGUUCAGUAGCUCGGCUUUCAUAGCUGGAGUCAGUCAGGCACCCUGUCCUCCCAGGCCUGAUGGAACAAGGCCUUCAAGCCAGGGAGCAGGUCUUCAAAGAUUCACAGCCAAGGUAGAAGAUCUAAGCUGAGGAAAGGAUAAUCCUUUAGUUUGUGGUUAUAUACAGCAGACUUGGCUGGUAUACAGGCUUACAAGGAGCUUCUGAGUCGACAUGCAUAGGACUGCCCAGGAUGUGACAUUAGUUGUACGUUAUUUUUACAGUUUGUUUUCCAUAAACUCUGCUCAAAAGCCAUAUAUUUGCAAAUGUCAUUUGGGUUUGGGGUUAGGAUAUGGAAUUAAAGUCCAGCUCAUUACACUUGUUUCAGAUGGAAAGCCCAGGAUAAUGAGGUUUAAAUAGGUGAGAUUGCUAUUUUCAUACACUCUUCUUGCCACGGAAUAAUGUUUCCACCCUGUGAGUGGGUGAGGAGCACAUGGGAAGUUGUAAUAACUUUGCAUGUCUAAUAGGCCCAUACAUUUGUCAGAACUCAGGAUUUUCCCAAAGUGUAGCUGACAUUUCUUAUACUACUUGGACUUCUAUUUCUCAUGGCAACAUUAUCACUUGAAGUCACUGAAGAAAAAGAGUAGCUUAAUACUUAAUGAGUAUUAAGGAGAUCGUUUCUUCCUAGCCCAUUCAACCUAAGCCCUCAAUACAGUGGUACACCUGGCACCUUCAUUACAUACUUUCCAUUGUAUCCUAAAUACAAUACACCUAUUCGCCUUGACCUUUGACACUUGAUACAUAUAUUUUAGGACCACCCGUUUAUUUUGAUUGCAAUCUGUUCCAAUUAUUUUUAAUACUGUAUUUUAAGCAUGUCUUGGGAUCUCAUGAUGAAUGGCAGAUGCAUACUCUAAAAAAUAAUAACAUAUGCUAAACAAUAGUGACUCUUCUUCUUCUUCUUCUUCUUUUUUUUUGCAUUGUUACAUGUGCUCACAAGAUCCCAGGACCUUGCCUUUUUAAUUGAGUGAAAUGAACAGAUUUUUCUGUCAAUUUAAGGAGGCUUGAGACAGUGAUUCUCUUCAUUAUCUUACAUCUGUGAUGACCCCCAGAAAGGGCUGCCUACACUUUGUGGGGGCAGAAAUAAAUCCUACCCUGCUGUAUCAUUUGCAAUAUUUGUGUUCUCUUUUUUGUUCAGAGUUAACAUUACUUUGUGUAUGUACUACCAUGAUCAGUUAAUUUUUCCCUUUUGAAGGAACGUGAAAAACGGAAACAUGAAAGGAUAUUGAGUGAAGAGCUUGUUGCUGCUGUCACCUACCUCAAUCAGUUUCUACCUCCUGAACAUGCAAUUGUAUAUAUUCCAUGGGACAUGGCCAAAUAUACAAAGAGGUAUGUGUUUUAUUACUAGAGCAGCACAUGACUCCAGAUGUUAGUUGGGACAGAGGGAACUUUGUCAUAACUCUCUUCAGAGUGUGUCUUUUGUGGCUCUGGAGAUGAAGUUCCAUUUUUAUAUUGUUCAUUUAGUGUAUCAUGGGAAUGUAAAUGAAGUGGAGUCAUUUGCGUUAAUUGGUACUGUUUGGAAAUCAAGCCAGCCAGCUCUGCAUUUCAGAGGCUUUUUGCUUAGACUUUAAAGCACUUCAUGGGUGGAAUUCAACAUUGUGCUAUUACAAAUGUUCAAUCGGUGCAAGUAUUUCAGCUUAUUCCCCCUUUAGUGUUUUGUCCCAUGGUAGCUAUAUUGUGUUAUACCCUGCUCCCCAUGGCAGCCAUUUUGUAACUGUUGCCCACAGCACUUUCUCAAAAUUCCAACUGUAUCAGAUAGUCGAAAAUGGAUUGUGAGUACUUUUACAUGAGUAAAACUAGCAGAGUUGUUUGAUUGUUUGUGAUCCAUUCUUCUGGAGAUGCUGUAACAGGAAUGGGAAAUCUCUGGCCCUCCAGAUGUUGUUGCACCAACUCCUGUCAUGGUGGUCUGUGGCUGAUGAGAGUUACCAGUUCCCCAUCCCUUUUCUAUGAAAAUGAUUUUGCCACAGAGAAAUGGAAGUAGUUAACAGGUUAUGCUUUUAUUGAUAGUGUGUUGCUAUCUUUUUUUUAAACUUUGGUUAACAUUGCUUAGGGAUACAAUGCAUGCAGAGUGCAGAAGAGGCUGGUGUUUAUUGAAGUGAUUUUUUUUUAAAAGAUGUUCUUCCAUGAGAGUAAAUACAAACAUGUCUUCAGUGUUUUUGCUUUUAUUUCCAUCUAGCAAACUAUGUAACGUCCUUGACAGGCUGAGCGUUAUUGCAGAGAAUGUAGUGAAGAAAACUGGCUUCUUUGUAAAUCGCCCUGCUUCCUACUGCAGUGUCUUGCGCCCAGAUGAGAAGUAUGUAUGUGGGAGAAUGCUCUCUUGUGUAUAAUUAUUUUAAAAGAUUUCUAAAAAGUGGUUUGAAAUCCACAUUCAUUUAUUACCGAUGUAGAUAAAUAGAAAAGUAUACUCCAGAUAUUUCAUAACAACAAGGGGUAAUCAUUGUUUGUCAUACAGUAGUGUUUUAUUAUUUGUGUUGUCAGCAAAUCUCCUAUACCUUUAAUUUUAUACUUUCUUGCUUUCCUGGGAGAUGAUAAACAGUUCUAAGAACAUUAAUUGAAGGUUAUUUGUAAGCAGAAGUCGGCUAAGCUUUUCUGGCUGCUUCAAGAACACCAAUUUUAUGCUCCCUUUUUAGUAUAGUAAGCCGAAAGUUCAAAUCUCAUUAUUGUGUUUAUUCAUUACAACUAUAACCCACAUUUCUUCCAUGGAACUCAAAGCAGCAUGCACAUGGUUUCCAAAUAGUUUUCAAGCCAUGCACAGACCAGAUCCUGACCUGCUUGUUGGAUGUUACUUUAUUUGAUGUAGAUUGCUUAUUUUAAAGCUAUGUUUUAUUGUCACGUUUUUGUAUUGCAUUAGAUUGUUAUAAGGUGUACAUUCUUUGUUUCUUCAGCUAGUAAACCGCCUUGAGUAUUGUAAGAUAGAAAGGUGGUAUACAAAUUAAAUGAUGAUGAUGAUGCUUGUCAUAGCUGCUGUAUCCUGUGCUUUUGAACCUUGCCCCAAGUUCCUAAUGAAUAAUUAGUAUGAACUAAUUAGGGAAUACAUGCAGUAGUUUAUCAUGUACACUGGGUUUCUCUGGGUGAUUUUUAAAUCUUGGCAGCUAUCUUGCCCGCUCUAAACUCAAAAGCCAGUUGAGCACUGAGUGCUGUUAGUUGAAGUCUUAUAGCAAUAUUUGUUAAAACACAGUGCUCUUGUAUGCUGUGGAUUGUCUCUGAAGUCACCUUGGUUUCACUAAUGCCAAUUUUGUGAAGUCCACCAGGAUACUAAAGUUCCAGUCCAAAGAAAGCUCAUCAUGCUUAAGUCCCAUGGAAAACAAUGAGAAAAAUUAUUUGGAACUUAUUUGUUCCAUUAAAUGGCACUUAAGUGUGACUAACUAGCUUUGAUUCAUGGUUGAAGAGUUCUGAUUAUUCCAGGGAGAUAAUUUUUAUUAUUUCCCUGGUCAAUUGUUUUUAAAUCUAUGGCACUGUCAGUGUGCUAUUUGAAACUACCUACCUUUGUUACAUGUGAUAGUUUGUCAUUUCUAGCUAGACAAAGGACUUCCUUAAUUAUUCAUUUAUUAAUACAACAUCACAUGGAAGGAGAAGAGAAAUCUGAAUUAAAUCUUGCAGCCCAGCUCCUGAAAAGGAGCUCUCCUCAAGCUGCUUUAGAGAAAAACAGCAAUUGACUGUUGAAAGAUAAUUUCCUCCUCCUUUUUCAGUAAAGAAGUAUUUACACAGAAACAAUUUGUUGCUGUUGUUACAAUUUAUAUACUACUCUUCAUCUGAAGACCUCAGGGCGGUUCACAAGAUUAAAACCAUUGAUUCACAAAUUGCAAUACCAUCAAUAGAAUCUAAUGAUCAGUUACUGUAAACCACGGCUAGGGAACUUGUGGCCCUCCAAGUGUUUUUGAACUCCAGUGUCCAUCAGCCCCACCCAGCAUAGUCAGUGGUCGGGGUUGGUAGGAGUUGUUGCCAAGCAACAUCUGGAGGGCCACAGGCUCUUUAUCCCUGCUAGGAAUUAUAUAGGGAAUGCAAACGGUAUUUUAUCAUGUAGCAAGUUCUGCCUCACAUGGUUUAUUUCCUGGGUGAUUUGAUAGGCUACAUCUUCCCAAUACAAAACUGGUUUCUGUAUAUUUUAUCAAAAUUAAUGUUGCUAUACACAUUAACACAGUUUUGCUGUUGCUCAUUUCUUAUUUGUUUCAAUUGGCUCUGAGUAGUAGUCACUAAGAUGAUUUAUUCUUCAUGUAGCAGAUACUGUAGCAUAAGAGGCAAAAUACAAAUCUUAAAUGUGUGUAACAAAAAAGACUGUACUUGUAAUGCUUGAUUUUUCAUUACAAUUUACAAAUUAAUUUGAGACUGCUUACACAGUUAUUGAUCUACCACAUACAAUUGCUUGAUUCAACUUGUUAAUAUAUUUUUAUGUAUUAUUCAAUGGUGUAUAAGCCAUUAAUAUUAAAGGGUAUUUUUUAAUAUUUACAGGCAAUUCAUUUGUGUUGGGAUGUAAUGAAACCUGUUCUUGGGGAACCAUUUGUCUUGAGACCUGAAUGUUUAUUCCAUUGCAAAGCAUUCAGAGUAAUUUAUAUGCUAAUGGAAAUUAACUAUGUGGAAAGUACUUCCUUCAGGUGAAGUGUUAGUAACAAUUCUCUUGAGUGAACUGCUUUCUUCAAAAGAACGAAACUUCCUACCCAAAUUGGGCCUUUUAGUACUGUAAUAUCAGCCUUGGCUUCCCAUACAAGGUUCAAACAGGAUUAGUAGCAUUUUCCCUUUCCUCUGUGCCAUAAUACCAAGUGCCCUGGUUGUAGGAUAACAUUUUCUGUUUAAGCAUUUCUGUGAAAGAACUGAGGCCUACUGGUACACUUACGUUUAUAAGCUGCACUUUAAACCAAAACUAACCUAUACUGAGCUUGACUGAAGGCUAAGCAUGCACUAUUUGUUUCUAAAUUGAAUUUUCCAAGUCUGCACUUCGACCUUUUUCAGUGUUUGUAGAACUAUGCAUUACAUUUCACCCCCUUUCCAAAAUGCAGGGUAAUUUCUGGUUAAUGUUUACUGUAGCCGCUUCAGGUUUCCUUGCUAGAGCAGAGCUUCAGAUUCCUAGAAUUAUCUCCCCAAGCAUUAAGCUCCAGAGUUGUUAAUGUCUAGAGGAUUAUCUCCCAGGGUUAUGUCUUUACUGACUGAGGGCAGAUUGAUGAUAAUUCUUAUAGAAUAAAUGCUUUGUAACACACAAUGUUCUGUCUUACAGGUGGAAUGAGCUGGGAGGAAUUGUGGUUCCCACGGGCCGUUUACAGGUAUUUUAAUGGAGUAUGUAACCUGAAGCAUCUGUAACAGUGGUACGUCGGGUUACAGAUGCUUCAGGUUACAGACUCUGCUAACCCAGAAAUAGUACCUCGGAUUAAGAACUUUGCUUCAGGACACGAACAGAAAUCGUGCAGCAGCGGCGCAGCAGCAGUGGGAGGCCCCAUUAGCUAAAGUGGUGUCUCAGGUUAAGAACAGUUUCAGGUUAAGAACGGACCUCUGGAACGAAUUAAGUUCUUAACCUGAGGUACCACUGUACAACAUAAUAUCCAUAAUUUCAGUUCCAAGAAUGUUUUCUGUUAAUGUUUACGCUUCUACAUAUUCAUAGCUAAAACGCACACAUUUUUCUGUAUGAAGCAGAAUUGCUGCACAACUUUUCAAUGUGCUAUAAAUGUGCAAGCACACACUUGAUGUCUCUAUAGGGUGCCAGUGUGGUGUAGUGGUUAAGAGCGGUAGUCUCGUAAUCUGGGGAACCGGGUUCGCGUCUCCGCUCCUCCACAUGCAGCUGCUGGGUGACCUUGGGCCAGUCACACUUCUUUGAAGUCUCUCAGCCCUACUCACCUCACAGAGUGUUUGUUGUGGGGGAGGAAGGGAAAGGAGAAUGUUAGCCGCUUUGAAACUCCUUAAAGGGAGUGAAAGGCGGGAUAUCAAAUCCAAACUCUUCUUCUUCUUCUUCUUCUUCUUCUUCUUCUUCUAUAAACAUAUGGUUUCCCCCCAAAUACUUUUAGUAUCAGGGUUGAAAGCAGUUUUUUUGAAAUGAUAUCCAAUACUUCAAAUUUAAAGUAGUAUUAUGUAAGAAUGAGAAAUCACUGUAUUAAUCUUAUUAUCAAAGCAAUAUGACUCCGAAAAAGGUUUCACUUAUCUCAUACUGUGGAUAUGGUUAAAAAAAUACAUUUGUCCAAGAUGCUUGCAUAAAACCAAACAUGAGAAACCUGCCAUGAAUUGUGGAACUGAGGAACCCGAGAUAGCUCAGUCGGUAGAGCAUGAGACUCUUCAUCUAAGAGACGUGGGUUCCAGCCCCUGUUGGGCAAGAUUCUAGCACUGCAGGGCAUUGGAUGAUGAUCCUCAUGGUCCUUUCCAGCUCUACAAUUCUAUGAUUCCAUGAAAAAUCUGUUCAGUUGCAUCCCACUCAGAUGCUUGUAAAGAGAGAGAGAGUUGCACUGGUGGGAAGAUGUGCAACUCUGCUUCCUUAAAUGAAAGCUCCUUCUGUUUAUGGGGCAUUUACAUUGGUUUCUAUGUAUUAUAAAUUAACAAGAGAAUAAUUAAAAAACCUGAACUAUGUGCACAAACAGUUCCGUACACUUUGAGUGAGUUUUCAGUGUACCUAAAAGACUUCCAUGGGUUUGCAAAUGUGAAAAUCUGCACCAGUGAACCACAUGUGCAACCUUAAUUAAGUUCUAUUAGUAUAGAUGAUUUGGUGGCAAAAACUACUGUUAUGCCCUAAAGAAUAAUUUGAUAUUUACUAAUGGACUUGAAACUAAUUAUAUGUCCCUGCACUUAUUUUUUCAGACUGGAGUUCUUCGAACAAAUUGUGUUGACUGUCUGGAUCGCACGAACACAGCCCAAUUUAUGGUUGGGAAAUGUGCUUUGGCCUAUCAGCUUUAUUCCUUAGGCCUGAUUGACAAACCCAAUCUCCUGUUUGACACAGAUGCCGUUAGGUAAGACAUUUUAGAAAUUAUCAUUAUUAUUAAAAUAGUAGUUUUUUCCUACAACUGUUAAUAGAAAUGGAGCAUAUAUGUUUUUGUUAUUGAUACUUUUCUAAUUUCUGUUUUGACACAUCAUUUUAGGUAAGUAUGGAUGUUUACACUUAAACAUUUUUCUAGGUGAAAGAUAGUAAAAAUAAAAUAGAAAUAAUCACUGGCAUACUGUUGUAAAAAUUCGUCUUGUUGGAAUUCUUAACCAUGUUGUUCUCUCUGCUUUAGAUUAUUUGAAGAAUUGUAUGAAGAUCAUGGAGAUACAUUGUCACUUCAGUAUGGUGGAUCUCAACUUGUUCAUCGAGUAAAAACCUACAGAAAAAUAGCACCUUGGACCCAGCAUUCUAAAGAUAUUAUGCAAACUCUUUCAAGAUACUAUAGUAAUGCUUUUUCAGGUAACUUGAAUUCUUUCUCUGAGAUUUCCAACAUUUGUCAUUCUUGAUAAAGUGAGAAUUAUUUUUUUAAAAACACAGAUUUUUUAAACAACUGGCUACAUGGUGCUAUUGAAUUUUUAUGAUGAAAAUGAAACUGGGUCAAAAUAACAUGUUGACAGCCUGAAAGGUAUUUGGGUCAGGCUCAACUUUAAAUUCAGUAGGACAGCUUCAGAGUUAAACCUUAAGGGUUGGACACUGUAAUUGCUGUCAGGCAUGACAGUGUAACCCUGGACAAAAUCUGCCUUCUGUCAGUGAGCAGAAUGGUAGUGUUCAAGCAGCCAUCAAGGGUCUGUUUUCCAGCUCCCAUUUAGGCUGUAAAAUAUCUAAAACACCCCGUGUGUUAGUGGAAAUCGUUCAUGGCUUGGAGUAAAGCACUCAGUCAAAUAGUAGCAUUAUAAUAUUCUAGCAAGGGCCAUUUACUUCAUAACUGCCACUGCAGUUGUUAAGGAACACGAAACCACGGGGAAGAUUACCUUGCUAAUAUGAGCAUUAAGCCCAAAUGUAUGCAGCCAAGUGAUCUAUUUUGAGAAAUUUGAGUGCAAGAAUGGUAAGUGUUUAGACAGAAUCCUUCUUAAAUAAACUUAUUUUUCUGUAGAGAAGCAGACAAAAGUAACAUAAAUAUAAGCGAAAUAAGGUCACAUAGGCAGGUAACUUUCUUCACUGCUUGACUGAAUUGGAAUUGCCAAGCAGCACUCAAGAUUAGAGGGCAUCCAAAUGUCAUACUGCGGUUAAAACAUUUAGAACCAGACAUACUGUUAUUUCUAUUAUAGGUAUAGGUAUAAAAGUGUGUCCUUCUAAUCCCUUUUCAAACAGGCAACAGAGGACAAACAGUAGUUUGUCAGGCAUUAUAAGCCACUGAUUUCUUUCCACGUUAUGUAGUCAAGAUUAUUGGAAGAACCAUUGUAAAGCAGUAUAUCUGAUCUGUCUAGGAAGGGUAAUGACCCACUACAGACUUCAGCAUUAAUGUUGCCACAUUUCUUGUUUCUGGAAUCUAAAACAGGCUAUUUAUCCAGAAACAGGACUGGACAGUCAACUUCCCUUUAAUUGAUAUAUAGGAAAGUAAUCUGAUUACUCUAUCCAGUUAAUCAUGGUGCACUACAGUCCUAGUCGUACUAAUUCUGGCCCUUUAGAUUUUUUGCCGAGUGAGGGCAAUGAAGUGUUUAAGCUAACUCAAUUACUUUGGCUCAUUAGCUCCUGGUUAUAUGUCUUUCCACAGACGGCAUACAAAAAAUGUGCUAGAGCACACGUAGGUACAAAAAUAAUUUAGAAAAGAAUCUGUACAGGAUUUUCUUAAUUGCAGUGCACACUUUCAGCAUGGCUAAAGGGAAAACAGUUAAUGUUUCCAUCAGUGCUUCAUCUUUUAAUAAAACUACAAACUACUAUUUUUCAAGGCCCAGCUUUGUUGUAUUAGUUUGUUCAUAAAGUUACUUCAGUUAUUUUCACAUUUAACAGACAACGUUGAUUCUUAAGGUAGCUCCAGUGUUACUUCCCUGUUGCUUUUCUUGUAUUCGGUUUUUUUCAGUUGCAUUCUAAAGCUGUGUUUAUUUUGAUAAACCUGCAUGUUAUCCUUGUAUAUCAUAUGCUCUCUGUUAAUUUUAUGGAUAAUGUUUUGGAAGUUUGCCCAAACAUGGAGGAACAUUUCAAGGCAAGUUCCCAAAACAAAAAGGAGUGGAGUGAAAUGAUUAGAGAGGGGAAGGGGAUGGAGAUUUGCAAUUGCAGUACAUGUUGGGGUCUUACCAUUUACAUUUUUUCUUCUUCCUUUUGAAUAUAUUAAUGCUUUUCAGUGCCAGUAGCCGUACCAACCACUGCUUACAAAGGCAAAGCUCCCCUCUCCAAAAAGACAUUUUGAGAGGGUCAAACUGUGACUCCUGAAAUGGUCACCCCCAGUUUGCCAUGUGGCAGUAGGGUGACAAAUUGGUGUUCUUGGUGUUGUUCCUUUCAGCCCACCCCUGGAUUAACCAUGUAUCACACACAAAUAUGUGUAUGGCUCUCAAUUGUUACUCAUUUCUUCCAGAUGCUGACAGGCAAGAUUCAAUUAACUUGUUUCUGGGAGUAUUUCAACCAGAAGAAGGGAAGCCUCACCUCUGUGAUCUUCCUACUGAUUUUUACUUGCACCAGAAAGACACAAUGACUCUUAUCCAGGCAAGGAGAAGGUAUUUCAUGGCACACUUCUUGUUAGCUUCCCCCAAAAAUGAGGGCGAUAUAAUCAGUACCAUAAAAUAAUUCUAAAACCAAGUAGUGCAAUAUUUUAAGCUAAAACAGCAACAUACAACAGUUUCUAAUCCAGACCAAUAAAAAAUAUGUUACAAGAAUAGUAAUAGUUUUAAAAAAAUAUUUGGCCUGUUGUUUUAACCAAAAGCAGAUUGAAAUUAAAAGGUCUUCAAAGCCUAAUCUAAAUCAAUCAGAGAACAAGUCAGCUGUAUCUCCUUUUGGUGUUCCAUAGAUAUGGGACCAUCACUGUCAAUGACCUAAUAGUCAUUGAUAGUAUGCAGAGAGUUUUAAUGACGUUGAUCAUACUGGUUCGAAAUGAGUUCUUCAAGUAAACUGAACGUUGCAUUAAGAAUUAUUCAACAUUUAAUUACCAAAUAAUGUGCUCACCAAUGGAAAACGAUUUUAUAGCGUAUCUGAAUGCUUAGUUUCCCACGAAUAUCUGGCCGAUAGAAACUUCAAAGUGUCUUCAAGUAUGUAAAGCGCAUUAGUGGUGCUAUGGAUGUGACAGAGCAUAACAGAUGAGUUGCAGCUGAUAUCAGGCAAAGCUGAUAAGAUGCGCCUGUCACCCUCCUCUUCCGUUAGCAGAGGCUCCUGCUAGAUCAAAUACUCCUUUUCAAUUGAAGGGCUCUUUCCAGUAAUGGAAGGGUAGUAUAGGAGACAAUCUGUUGUGCCCCACUUUAGGUUGUCAGAUUUGUAAAGUUGACAAUGUAAAUAAAAAUGAAUGAGUAGUGUUCUUCUGUUCACCAUCUCCACAUCUACAUAGGAUACGGUUAGCAGGGUGCUGAAUCAACUUAACCCCAUAUUUCAUAGUAAGAUGAAUCAUUGUGCCAAUUUGUGUUCUGGAAGGAUUUGCUGUCUUUAGUGUUGUUCCCUGCUUUCAAUAAGCAGUUAAAUCUUGUUCCACAUGACCCCAAAGGUUAAGUUCUAAGUUAGAUUUGUAGUCUCAUUUGAUAACAUGUGUUCCCUUUAUCCUCAACAUUUAUGUUACUAUUACAUCUUGUAACAAACAAUAGUAACUAUAAGUUACUAUUACAUCUUGGAAAAAAAUGAUCUCAGUUACAGGCUACUGGCCCAUCUUCAGUUGUGUUUUCUACAUUAAAAAAAUUAAAAUAUUGCCACUAUGUUUGUCAUGUAAUUCUUAAUAAUAAAAAAACAAAUUUAAACAUAAGGCGUAACCUCCAUUUGCUAAAACCUUAGUCAUACUGAGUCUACAAGGGUUUAAAGCACUGUAUGACAUUGCAAAGUUUCUGGCUAUUAUCUUUGAUUUUUCAUCUUUUUAAACUGCUAUUAAAUUUGUAGGUCUUGACUUUUUAGCUCCAACUGUGUUUGGGCUUUUGAGACCAAUAUAUAUUGAUUGUGCAGAUCAAUAUAGCCAUGCUGCCCUUGCAGACUCCAGAAAAUUCUUCAUAAAAGUGCAGUUACACGGCUGAGACUAUAAACUCUUCUAGCCAAGAAGGGUUUUUUAUCUUUUCACACUUAGGUUACCAGAUCAAAUUAUUCCUCAGUCAAACAAACAGCAGGAUGUUGAAGUCAAUUUCGUUAUGUGUAGAGCAAUAGACACAUGGACCACAAUCCAUAUUCCCUUGUGUGUGACUAGCAUUUCCAUUGCUGGUUAUAGCAGAAAGAGCAAAGCAAAAGCAAACAUGGCUAUCAAUAAACUCUAAUUCUGUGUUCUAUGUCUUAAGAAGAUAUUAUGGUUGGAAAUGUUUAAAUUGGGCAACUAUAAUAAUUUCUAACAUAACAUAUUAUAAGUUUGAUUUUACGAUAUAGUUAAUUAUAAUUAAAUGUAAUUAUAACCAGACAAUUCUCAUAGUUUAGGGAUGUAAAAAGUGGAGUCCCCCAAUAUUCAUAAAUUAUUUGGAGUUAAUGGUCAGUAGCAAAGUAAUCAAGUUUGCUGAUAGCACUAAUAAUUCAGGGUAGUAAAAGGGAUUGCAAAGAUCUCCAAAAGCAAACUUGGUGAGCAGGCAAUAAAAUAGCAGAUCAGUUUCCUGUAAAGUAUAAUAUGAUGCAUAUUGGGGCAAAAAAUCCUACCUCUUAAAGAUAGGCAGAUAGGGAUCUGAGUUAAUGUUACCUAACUAGGAACAAGAUAUUGGAGUCAGAGUGAAGAGCUUGAUUAAAAUGCUCCCUAGUAUAUGUUGACAGCUGUGAAAAAGGAGAAUUCAGUCUUGGUGAUUCAUUAGGAAAGGGAUCAAAACUGCUGGUAUUUGCAACUGCACUAGGAGUACUGUGCACAAUUCUGGUUGCCCCAACUCCAAAAGGAUAUCAUAAAACUGGCAAAAGGAAAUACCGUAUUUUCGCCCCAUAGGACGCACCGCCCUAUAGGACGCACCUAGUUUUUUUUUGGGGGGGGGGGGAAAUAAAGGAAAAAAAAUAUUGCCCCCCCAGGCACGGGGCUGGCGUGGGGGAAGCCCAAGCUUCCCCCGACCCCAGCCCCCAGAAGAGCCUGUUAUCCGCAAGCCUAGGGAACCGCGCCGGUCUCCCCAGGCUUGCGGACAGCUGUGCGAAGCCCGGGCGCGCUGAGGCUUCCUAAUGCAGGCAGCUCUGCGCAACCCUCCAGAGCCCAGCGCAGCUUGGCGCCGGGCUCCGGAGGGUCGCGCAGAGCUGCGCGGACCCCGGGAGCGCAGGCAGCUCUGCGCGACCCUCCAGAGCCCGGCGCGGCUUGGCGCCGGGCUCCGAGGGUCGUGCAGAGCUGCGCGGACCCCGGGAGGGCAGGCAGCUCUGCGCGACUCUCCAGAGCCCGGUGCGGCUUGGCACCGGGCUCUGGAGGGUUGCGCAGAGCUGCAUGGACCCCGGGAGGGCUUCGCGCCGGGCUCUGGAGGGUUGCGCAGAGCUUCCUGAAGCCUGGAGAGCGAGAGCCUCUCGCUCUCCAGGCUUCAGCGAAAGCCUGUAUUCGCCCCAUAGGACGCACCCACAUUUCCCCUUCAUUUUUGGAGGGGAAAAAGUGUGUCCUAUAGGGCGAAAAAUACGGUACAUCUUCAUAUAGCAUGUAGUUAAAGCUGUGUAACUGUCUACUCCAAGAUACAAUGAUGGCCACUGACUUUGACAGCCGGAUUAGACACAUUAAUGGAGGAUAAGCCAAUUAAUGGCUGCUGGCUAUGUAUUUUCUUGGGUAGCAGAGGCACAUGCAUGUGAAUACCAGUUGCUUAUGGGGCCACAGCCUCAUGUCCUUCUGUGGACUUCCCACAGACGUUUGGUUGGCCUCUGUGGGAAGCAGGAUCCGGAACUAGAUAGACUGUUGGUUUGAUCUAGUACGGAUGUUCCUGUUGUUUCUUUUGCUCUGUCAAUGUGUAUUCUAGCUUACACCAUCUUAUGGAGGGUUGAUAGUCUAAAAUUUAACAAAGGGAAACAACAAGUGGAAGCAGAGGUGUAAUCAGGAAAAGAAAAUGCUUCUUUCUGUUGGACAUGCUCAGGCUUAGUUACAGCAAGGCACAGGAACUAGAGGGUUUCCUAAAUACUGCAUGGGCAAAUGCGCUUUGAGAAGGGAUUUGUAGGAAGGAAGAAGAGGCAUGAUUCAGGUGUUAUAAGAGGUUGUUCCUUGUAUAAGGGAGAAAGGGUUGGAGCAUUUGAUGGAAUGGGAGAACUUUUGGAUAUAACUCACUGGAUUUUUAAAACUAUUGUUUUUGUUCCAUACUUAAAGCUACACUUUCUGGUGGACUCCAGGUGUCCUGGAAUGCUUGCCAAUGCCUUAUGAUGAAGGUCAGUUAUACAUACAAGAAAGUGUGUUUUUCCUUUAUUUUUAAAUAUGAACACAAUUUGCUUACAUAAUAGUAACAUUAAUUGGACACAAUUACUAGAAUAAAAAUAGAAAAGUGAAAUAAUGUACCUGUUAACUUAAGGAUCAAGAGAUCUGCUGAAAACACACAUGGAGGUAUUUACUGUACUACACAUGGCCAUUCUUCUAUAGAAAAUUAGUAGUUUUUAAUACACUGGGUUGUAUUCAAACUAUACAUGGAUGGCAUUCUGCCCACACUCUACUCCACUAGAGGAAUGGGGGAGAAGAUGAUUUCCCCUGACACCUCUUGCUGUCCCCCACUCAUCUUGAAAACACUGCUCCAGAGGAUCAGGGAGGAUGUUCCGAGGGCUCCAGGGGGAAAGAGUCCCCUUAGCAAUAGAUGAUACAGUAUUUAAGAGAUUCACUUUACCUGCAUUUCUUUUUUAGCAAUGUCUGUUGCUGAAAACAGAAGGAAGCUAAUAGUGAAGAAAUUUCAUAACUAUGAUGAAGAGAUUGACAUUCAUAAUGAAUUUUUUCGACCCUAUGAACUCAGCAGUUUUGAUGACACUUUUUGCUUGGCAAUGACAAAUUCAAUCCGGUAUGUAUGUUUUAUUUUUCAAGAUAAUAGAAUUUUGAUUCAGCCUUUCCAUUUUACAAAUGAAACUGAAUUGAAUUCUUUUAGAAAAACUUUACUUACAUAGCCUUAAAAUGGCAUUCAAUACAGAAGAAUUCGUAUCUUUCAUAUGAUGGACGAAUCUGCAAUAAAUAUGUGAUUCUGAAGCUUUUGACAUGUGUAUCUGCUUAGAUAGAGGAGCACCAGUUUUAAAAUGUAUAAAAUUACUAGUGUCACUGCUGGUGUCGACCUAGUUCUGUCUGCCGAAAGUGUGGGCAGGCAGAAGUACUACUGGCAGACUUCCCUGAAAUGAGGUUUUCCAGAGAAGGGGCUGAGCAAUCCCACAGCUAUCAAUUUAUGGCUUCAGGCCUAAUCACUAUCCUGGCUGGUAAAGCAUGAAGCAAGUUUUUGCCCCCCCCCCCCCUUUUAUGCUCUGGCCAGUAUUAGCAACAGGGCUGCAGAAGCAGACCUUUCUGUCACCCCCCUCCCCGCCUAUCUAAGGUUUGGCUUGCUCUGUUAACUUGUUAUAUUUGAUUCUUUAUUCUUUAUACCCUUCAGAGAUUUUAUGCCCAAGAAUGUUGGCAUUGAUCCCAGCCCAUUUACUGUACGUAAACCUGAUGAAACUGGAAAAUCCGUUUUGGGGUAAGAAGAAAAUCAAGAAUUGAAUGCAGAAAUGUUUUUUAUUUACUCAUUUAGUACCUAAUAUUAACUAAUAUGGGGCUUAAUACAAUGAUAUCCGUAGUUUAACCUUCUUAAGUCAAACCAGUAAAUGUUUUUUUGCGUGUGUAUAAUUUAUAGACACUAUAUUAGUUUUACAAAGGAUGGUUUGGAGUGAGGGAGGAAAGACCCCCCCCAAAAAAAAUCUCGUUUGCCUUAUUUACAUAUAGUUGGUCAUCUAUCUACAAACAGCUGAGAUUCCCUGUACAAAAGGUAAAUUGCAAUGAGUUGCUGCUCUCCACUCCUCCUCCCUUUCUCUGAAUGCAAAGAAAAGCCAGUUCUGAUACCCUUCUUGUUUCCUUAGUAAUUUUAAUUGCUCUUAAUUUUAAUUAAAGUUUUGAUGUAAUUUUAGUUAGAUUCUAGGGAGUGGUUUAUUGCAUACAAAUGGACCUAAAUGUCAAUUUCCACCAGUAAGACAUCGCUACAGCCCUGCCUUGCUGGCCACAGUGGCAGUGCCACUCGUCAGGGCUAGGAUCAAGCUGGGGCUGGGUGAGAACUAGGUUGGCAUCAGUAGACACAGAGGCAUAUGCACCUGCAUCCAAUGCCACCUCCAACUUGGUGCUUCCCCCACUCUCACUGCCACCCUGCCCUAUCUUAGUCUCAAUGAGCAGCAGCCCUGACAUGGCUAGGAGGACAUCUUCAUAUGCCACAGCUGCCAGUGUGAUCUAUUUCUGCAAGAAAAGCAGUUAUAGCAGUAGUGUAUUUGAAGUUUCGUGUUACCAGUGCAGUUCAAGUCACAGAUUUGAAUGCUGUGCUGAGACAUCUUUGCACUUGUAUUAAUUUAUGAAAUAAUUUUCCUUUGUAUCUGACUAUUUGCAUGCUUCAACCUAUAGUACAACUUGUUCCUCUGACUGGAUACUGAGGUCUUUGGUUCUUCUGCUCUGUUCUCUUUGACUUUUUUAACCACUUUUUUUUUUAAAAAAAAAGAGCAUUGAGUGUAGAUUUUUAUUUCUUCAUUCUUCUCAUCAGGCUGUAAAAAUCCAUUUGCUCAGAACACAAAAGCUUUAUAUUUCUAAGAAAGAAAUUACUUAAAUGUAUGCAAGAGAUCAAUAAGGCUAUCUGUGCUGGGAAUCCUAAAGUGAACAUUUGUACCUGAACAAUAUAAUAGAUCAAUCACAUUCUUUUCCUUGAAAUAGCUCAAAGACUCCAAAUUGUUGCUUUUGAUCCAUAUUUUCAAAAACUCAAAGUGUCAAAAUGUUCUGAACCUGGUUUGGAGCCAUUAAGCUACUUCACUAUUUGGCAAUUUAUAGUUUUCUAUGACUGGACUAGAGGUAUUAAAAAGUGACUCAGUGCUUCUAGCAAAGCUUUUUGAAAGCCGCCUUCGUACUGGGUUUGCUUGCAGAGUUCUCCCUAAUAACGUUAGGGAGAACAUUAAAGCUGUUUUAAUUAGGUGCUUAUAUUCUAAUGUUUUUGCACCUUAGUUUAAGAUGCCGUAGUCAGUAUCCUAGUCAAAAUGACAGGAAGACCCAAGCGUUCGGGGACAGAAUAAACUGUGGUUAUAGUUGAGAACAGUGGGUAAUAUCUAGUGUUACUCAGAGUUAGAUCCAUUGAAGUCCAUUGAUUUAAAUACUUACAGCAAUCAAUUUCAAAUUAGUGGUUUGUAUCCAGUGGAGUUCUGUCAGUGCAAGGACUUCCACUACCUCUUCUCUUCUUGAUCUGCUCACCCAGCCUUCCAUCUUUUCCAGGGUUUUCCCCCAACUCUCUUGAUCAGAUUUGGGGGUGCAUGAAAAGAUAAGAGAGAAAGAAAGAAAUCCUUGUACUAAUGGGACAACUUCAUUGGAUACAACCCAUUGGACUGAAAUAGGGUAGAUCCUUUAAAACCAACAGGACCCAUUUACUUCAUUCCAUUGAUUUCAUUGGGCCUACUCUGAGUAUGACUGUUGGAUACUACUUAAUGAGUAUAACAGAUAAUUAGAGAACCCAAAGGCCUGUGACAUAAAUGGAAAGUAACAUAUAUAGCAGAGGAGUCCAUAGAGCAUUUUUCAAAGCAGCAUUGUGAUAAGACUGAGAGUUGGGGGAGACACAAUGCUCCUGGUUUCUUUAUCUGUGCUUAUGACAAAGGUGGGCUGCAAGGGUGCAUGUUUUGAAAGGUCGCUCCCUUCCCUUCAGACCCCCUCCUCUCUUUGUAAAAUUUAUUCUAAUAGCCUUAACCAAGACCUGGAUAUAUUGUUUUCUGUUAGGGUCAGUGAUGACAACAACAUUUGCAACAUUUGCACUCAUAAUGCUUAACUGUGGCUAAGGAUGGGGAGGCAGAAUUUGCUGAGGGGAGGAGGGAACACUUGAUCUUGCACCCCAUUCCCGAUCUCUUAAAGAAACCAUUUGGACUUUCAUACAUGAGAAAAGAAGAGGCUUUCUCUCUUCUUGCCCUUUCCCUUCUGUCUCUUGAAGGGAAUGGUGAUAAAAUUGAACUGCCUCUUUCUUGAGAUAUCAUUAUGUGUAAUAAAUUCCAAUUUUGUUUAGGAACAAGAGCAAUAGAGAAGAAACGGUGCUUCAGCGCAAAACGGCUGCUAGCGCUCCACCACCACCCAGCGAGGAGGCCGUGUCUAGCAGUUCGGAGGAUGAUUCUGGAACUGAUAAAGAAGAUGAGGGGGCUGCAUCUCAGCGUUCAACGCCAGUGAAAAUGACAGAUACGGGAGAUAAUGCCAAAACAACAGAAGUAAGGAAGUGUGCUAACCCGCAAAGGGACAAUAUCAGCACAUCUCUUUCUUUACAGCAUAUUUGUUCCAGUGUUGUGUUUGAUUUGUGUUUAAGGCUUACUAAAAUGAACAUCUCUCUUUACAUGUUAGGGGCUUUGCUCACUCAGCAGUAAGAGAAGGUACUAUAAACUUUUAAAAAGAAGACACUUUAAAAAAAAUACCUGUAAAAAAAAAUAUGUGGAAGCUUGGAGGCAGAUGUAGUUCUUAAAGCAGUUUAAAACUUCUCUCUUUAACUCUUUUUUAAGGGAGCAAGGUAAUAUAUUAGUUUUAAAGCUGAGUUAUAGUGUUGAUUUGUAUUAGUUGUUUAAAUUAAACUAGGUAAUUCAGCUAGGAGUGAAAGAUGUGUUAAUAGAGGAUUGGCUUAAUACAGAAAUAUGGCUUAAUAGAGCUCUUUCAAAUACGAACACUAAUCUUUCCAGAUGACACUCCUGUGCAGACUUCAGUACCAUUAUAAUACUUCAGUAUCUGGGGAUGUUAAUGAAGAUCUGUAAAAACAAUAACACAAAACAGAUUAGCAAUUUUAUAGCAGCAGAAUCUGGAUUUUAAAUAUUGCACAAGGGAAUGAACACAGCAGGCAAGUGAUAGGAAGAACGCAGAUGAUGAUGCCACUUGCUCUGCUGUGACAUUUGUGGGGAAGCCCAUGGCUCCAGCCAAUUUUCUUGCAUGAUCAUUGCUUGAAUUUAAUUUUCUUGUUUCUAGAUAAAUUUACUGUAGUUUGGAGCACCUUGAUGAAUUUGGAAGGUCAUAGGCUGGCCCAAACCAUUUGUUUCCCCAAGCAGGUGCACGGCACUUUAUCUUGUAAUCCUGCUCGUGAUGCUAGGUUUCGCUCUCUCAUAUUGUGACCUAAGCAUGAUUAGAGCUGCCCCCAGAAUCCUUUACAGUGGAGGUGGCUAAGCCACAACCUAUGGGACAUAAACAACCCUCUAAACACUUUUUGUGGCCUCCCAAGUCUCCCUUCAAAUUUGUCAUAUAAAUGAAAUAAAGAAAAACAGUUUAAUUUGUUGAACGGUUAUGUGGGUAAUGCCAGGAGCCAAGAUGCCAGAAGGCUUUCAUGGUCACCCAAGGCCCUUUCAGAUGUGGGCAGGAUGAAUUAGGAAGAAGCAAUCCUUCAGGACCCAAGCCAUUUUGGGUUUAGUAGGUAAUCAUAGUAGAGGAAUGGGACGCGGGUGGUGCUGUGGGUUAAACCACAGAGCCUGGGACUUGCUGAUCAGAAGGUCGGCGGUUCGAAUCCCCUUGACAGGGUGAGCUCCUGUUGCUCGGUCCCUGCUCCUGCCAACCUAGCUGUUUGAAAGCACGUCAAAGUGCAAGUAGAUAAAUAGGUACCGCUCCGGCGGGAAGGUAAACGGCGUUUCCAUGCGCUGCUCUGGUUCGCCAGAAGCGGCUUAGUCAUGCUGGCCACAUGACCCGGAAGCUGUACACCGGUUCCCUUGGCCUAUAGAGCGAGAUGAGCGCUGCAAUCCCAGAGUCGGCCACGACUAGACCUAAUGGUCAGGGGUCCCUUUACGUUUACCUUAUAGUAGAGGAAUUUAACAGUCUGAAUCCUUCCUAACCCACUGAAUGGAACAUUAUACUCCAUUUGGAGAUUUAGCGCAAGAAAGUCUGAUUGAAUUUAAUUUGUUGAAUCCUAAUUUGAUCUAAUGCUACAGUCCUACGCACAUUUACUGAGAAUAAGUUAAGUGAGUUGAGUGGGUUUUAUAAAGACUUUGCCAAGAGCAAGGUGCUGCUUGUACAAUAGGCUUUUCCUUCUUUUUCUUCUCUGAUGUAUCACCCUAAAAAACCUUCCUGAAGGUCAGGGAACCCUCAAGAAAGACAUGGGAUGUAGUGGUGGGAAUGUGAUAGGAGGAAGGGGGCAGGAGAACCCAUUUGCUCUUCUAUUCACGUGAAAUUUGUCUACAAUCUCUUGUGACUCCAAAGUAAACUUGGUUAAUGAGAUCAUCCUUGCAGUCUCUGAAAGUAAAUGGCUUCGCUCAUCAUAGCCUUGAAUAAAGUUUAAUAAUUACUGUGUCUAAUGAUAGUGAAACAAAAUUACUAUUAUCACUUUUCUAAGAAUGACUUACUUAUGGAUAUUAUUUUCCAAGUCUUUUGGUAUGCCUAUAAGAAGGUGCUUAUUAUCUAAAGUCAAUCAGUUGCCAGGUAUGCUUUUCCUUCAUUGCCAUGGGUUGUUUCUGUGAUAAUAAGCAAUAUUUGACACAGAGGCCUAAGCAACAAGUUAGAGAACUAAUGUCCAAUGGUUUGUGUUCAUUUUGGGGAUGUACUUGGGGGGAGCAGCAGGCCUCAUUGCCCCUCUACAAACCUUAUUUAAGGCCCUUUCAGGAGAGGCUUACUUUGUGGUGUUGAUGUGGCUGCUCAGAAACAUGAGUCCAAACAUGACUGGACAGGCGCUAGUAGUUCAAGUCUUUGAUUUGUGCCUCUGGAGUUCAAGGCCCUCAAACUUUACCUUUUAUAUUCCUGGUUUCUCUGUUGUGUUGGCUUGUCAGUGAUAUAAUUCAUCUCUUUGCAAUCAGCCUCUCAAAUAAAGGAAAACAGUUGUCUAAUGUUGAUAUUUCCAUGUGAAAGCAAUUAAUGUACUUUGGCAAUCAGCCUUGAACAGAAUAUUGGCACUUCCACAUAGCUGAAUAUGCUGAAAAACUGGUUUAAAUUGUGUUAUUUUAAUCAGUAGGUUCUUAAAAGUUGCAGGAAUUGAAGCUGUAUCAAGGUCAAACUUUGUAAUGCUGGCUUCAUUAAAGUAGAAAUCAAUUAAAUUAACUUCCUGCUGUUUACAAAAACUAAGGAAUAACACUGUAGUCUAAACUAUCUUUGUUCUCAAUGUACAAAACAUUAUUUGUGUUAACUAGACCCCUGAUGAAGAGUUCUUAGUAAAAUAUAAAUUAAAUAAAUAAAGGGUUGUCCUUUAUACCCACAUCUUGCAUGAUGUGCUCCAGCUACUCAAAAGAAGCUAUUUUCAGAUGUUUACAAAUUCCCAGUUGUAAUCAUAUAAGAGAGGAGAGGGGGGUCACACAUGUUUACCCCAGCUCCCAUUCAUUGUGUCCCACAUUGUCCCUUCCCCAAGAUUAUCCAUGGGAUGAGGACAUGUCUGCUGUGGGACAACCUGUGGCACAUACAUUUGCCAUCCACAUAACUUGAAAUUUUGCUCAGGGACUUACUAGUCGUCUUACUAGAUGUUUAAUAUACAUCUUACGAGAUGUUUAAUAUACAUCUUGUUUUGAGACGUACCAAGUGAAGUACCUUUAGAUAUUUUAGUGUUGUUUUUUGUAAGGAGGGUUGAAUGUAAAGAGUCUGCUGUACAAAUGAGACACACUUCUUCUGCAUGCAUGGGACCCAAAAGUAUAUCCAGCCCUCUGGAGCCAGUUUUGGGGUGGUGGCUGCAGACAGCGAAAUUGGCAACACUACUCCCUGCUAUUUCCAGGUAAUUUAGUGGGAUGUAUGGGAGGAAAUUUUUAGUCAAAAAAGCUAUUUGAUGGGAUCCAAAUAGGUUUUUGAUUAUAGAAUUUCAUGGCAUCCUGAGAGUUAGACAAUCCAUUGUCUGUAUUUUUCAUCUGUUGUCUUGGCUGGUGACUUGGCAUGAUUUUUAACCUUUUCCCUAUCCACUUAAGCACCUGGUUUUCUGACAGCAUGGCAGUGAAUUGCCUUGAUCAGUUGCCUAGCUAACUCACCGUUCUCCCUUCACACAUUUCAACAACGGGGCGGGCGGACGGGGAGAAUGAGUCACAGGGAAUUUACGGGAAAAUAAAGGAGGCAUUGUGAGAUAACAAAAAUUGUUCCCGUAAUUUAAAAGAAAAAAAUGGAAGGCAAGGUUAAAUUAAAGUAUGAAGUAACUUUGACACAUCUGCUAUUAAAGUCUAAUGUAGCAUUGCAGCUAAUUUAUACUAGCUUAAUUUUAUAAAUGUGCAGUUAUCAGGAACCUGAAAAGAAAUGACAAUAUGCUUUUGUAUAAUGUGCCCCGAAAACAUCUAAAGAUACAUGGCGAUGAUAGUAUUGUGAAAGCUUUAUUUAAUGUUUUGCUUCUUAAAAGGAACGUGAAAAAUUUAACAUGAGUCCAGACAAUGCAGUACUGUAUAUCUAUACACAUUUUAAGUUCAGAGUCCUCAGAAUUUUCAUGCAACUGCCAUUCUGUGUGAUAGCACAAUAUUUUUUUGUGCCUUGCACACCUAAAACAAAAUGUUGCAGGAUGGAGAACCACUCUUUAGAGAUUCAGGUAACCUGAGUUCGAGCAGUAUGAGCAAAAAGGGAGCGCCAAAAAGAUCUCUCCAAACAGAGUGACUAGGCAUUAAAAUAGCAAAUGCAAUUCAAUGUGAUCAAGGGUAAAGUGAUGCACAUGGAGGCAAAGAAUUCUAACUUUAUAUAAAAGCUAAUGAGGUCUAAACUGGAAUGAGAUCUUGGGAUCAUGGUGGAUAGCUGAAUGAAAAUGUCUGUCUAGAGUGCAGCAGCUGUGAAAAAUGCCAUUCUUGUGUUUGGCAUCAUUAGAAAUGGAAUUGAAAAUAAAAUUAAAUUAGCAAAUUCAUAAUUGGUUUUUUAGAAAUAUAUUGUUUGGCUGUUUUGUUCAUUGGCUGCUUUGUGAGGAAUGGUGGAAUAGGCCUUUAUAAAAAUCCACGGUGCAGUCCCAUUUCAAAUACUGUGCAUCUCAAAGAGAGCAUUGUAAAGCUGUAAAAGGUUCAGAAAAAGGCCACCAGAAUGACUGAGGGGCAACUCCUAUGAGAGGAAAGAUUAUAACAUUUUGAGCUUUUUUUCUUUAGGGAAAAUGCAAGUAAAGGGGAACAUGAUAGAGAUGUAUAAAACUGAUGCAUGGGGUGGUGAAAGUGGACAGAGAGCAGUCUUUCUUUCCCUCUUAUAACGCUGGAACAUGUGAUCAACCAAUGCAGUUAAAUGUUAGAAGAUUGAGAAGGACGUACUACUUCACACUUAAACUAUGGAAUUCACUACAAGAAGAUGAUAGUAAUGACCACUAAUAGUCAUUACCACCAGUCAGUGGCUCUGUUCAUAUUAAAAAGGUAAAGGGACCCCUGACCAUUAGGUCUAGUCAUGACUGACUCUGGGGUUGUGGCGCUCAUCUCGCUUUAUUGGCCUAGGGAGCCAGCGUACAGCUUCUGGGUCAUGUGGCCAGCAUGACUAAGCCGCUUCUGGCGAACCAGAGCAGCGCACAGAAACACUGUUUACCUUCCCGCCGGAGCAGUACCUAUUUAUCUACUUGCACUUUGACGUGCUUUCGAACUGCUAGGUGGGCAGGAGCAGGGACCUCACAACGGGAGCUCACCCUGUCGCGGGAAUUCAAACCGCCGACCUUCUGAUUGGCAAGUCCUAGGCUCUGUGGUUUAAACCCACAGCGUCACCCGCGUCCCUUCUGUUCAUAUUACCUUUUUUUAAAAAAAUGAUAUUUAUUAAAGUUUCAAAAAAUACAAAAAAUACAGAAUACAAAAAGAAGAAGAAUAAUUUUUUUAAAAAUACAACCAAAAAAAAAAAAAAGAAGAAGAAGAAACAUACCAAAUAAACAGUUAAAAAGACAUUAAUUUUCCAUAACCUAUCUUCCCUAUACUUAUUUCCCCGGACCUCCUCAUAUCUCCCUUUUUUGUAUUCCAGUUCAAUUUGUUAGUUCAGCAAAUCCUUACCAUUAAAAUUGGCCAGUUGCAAACCUUUUUUCAUAUCUCUUAAAGUAUUACAGCUAAAAACCUCUUAGUUUCUAUCCAACAUCCUUCUAAAAUUCCUUAACUUUACAAUAUUUCUGUAAAUAGUCUUUAAAUUUCUUCCAGUCUUCUUUCACCGACUCUUCUCUCUGAUCUCGGAUUCUGCCAGUCAUUUCCGCCAGUUCCCUUCUGUUCAUAUUACCAAUGGCUAUUAGCCAUGGUGGUGUCCUGUCUCCAGUAUCUGACAAAGUAUACCUCUGAAUGCCAGUUACUGGGAAUUAUAAGUGGGGAGAGUUCUAGUGCACUCAUGUCCCCUUGUGGGUUUCAGUAGACAUCGGGUUGAACACCAUAAGAACAGGAUGCUGCAUUAGAUAUAGUGAGGUACCAAGAUGGAAAUGCUUCAGUAGGACACAAAACUGGCAAAUAAAAUUUUCUCGCUGCUUUUAGAAUUCCCUGUUAGUGGAAUAAUUCUGUUUAAUACUGAUACGUAGCUCUCAGCUCUAUCAUGAAGUAGCAGUUGUUUACUUCGGAAAAACUGAAAAAAUGUUGCUCUUGAGUAUUGUCUUUUUAUUCAUUCUUUUUUUUUGUCUGGAAGCUACCUUGCAUUUGUAAGAGGCAGGUAUAAAUGUUUAAAUAAAUUUUAAACCCAAGAUUUAGUCUCACUAAUAUUUCUCUUGUUUUGCUGCAGAAUGUAGUACAGCCUAUAAAAGAUAUAUAUGGGAUUAACCUCUCAGAAUCUCCUUCGGAAGAUGAUCUCGGCAUAUACACAAGGUAAUGUGUUUCUGAUUAUCUCACUGAUGCUAGCAGGGAACAAAUUUUUUAAAAGUGAAUAGUAAAAGUGUAUGUUCCAGACAAAAUUAAGCACAUUUUAAAUUCCACUUGUUUCAUUGGGAAUGUUCACGAUGUAUUGAAAGCCAAAAGAUCUUUAAAGGUCCUUACCUUUUGCCUGGAUUGUGCUCAUUGGUUAUCUAUAUAUAGUAUAUAUCAAGCUGCACAGCAGCCCCAUAAUUUUCAAAAAUCCUGGUCUACCUCCAGGUGGCUUACAUUAUUUCCCUCUGCUCCCAAGUUUAUCUUCAAACAAUACUGUGAGUUAGGUUAGGCUGAGAGAUUGUGACUAGCCCAUGGUCAGCUUCAUGGAGAAUUGAACCCACAUCUGCCCUAUUAGCUUAGUUGUAGAGCAUCUGCUUUGCAUUUCAACAUCUGGUAUCUCUAGGUAGGACAGGGGGUAAUCCUGACUGAAACCCCUGCCAGUCAGUGUGGACAAUAUUGAGCUACAUAAACCAAUGGUCUGACUUGGUAUAAAGCAGCUUCCUAUGAUUCAGUCCAACACUGGCUCUUGGGAACCUGGGAUAGCACACUCACUAGAGCAUGAGACUCUUAAUCUCAAGGUCAUGGGUUCGAGCCUCACAUAAAAUCAUAGAAUUGUAGAGUUGGGAGGGACCCCAAGGGCCAUCUAGCCCAACCCCCUGCAAUGCAGGAAUCUCAGGUAAAGCAUCCAUGACAGAUGACCAUCCAACUUCUGCUUAAAUAGCUCCAAGGAAGGAGGGAGACUGUUCCACUGUUGAACAGCAAAAGAUUCUUGCAUUGCAGGGGGGUGGACAAGACUAGACUGAAACUAAAGCCUGGGAGGUGAUGCAGGGAUCCACUACCAACUUUUGUUCAUCCUCUUCUGUCUUUACCUAUCUUACUACUACAGUGCAGGCCUCAGUGGCUUCUUUGGCGUCUAUAAUAAUCCAUGGAAAGGCGGGGGAUGGUGCCUCUACCAGCUCUUGUGCCCUUUUGCUAACUCUGCAGUUAUAUUUUUAUGUAAAAAUAUAGUCUCUCUAUAUCUAAGAAGCAUUGUAUUACACAAGAUGGCUUACAUCAGUUAAAAUAGCAAUAUGUUAAAAAAUCCAGUCUAUGUCAGGGUUUGCUACUUACGUGCUGUUGCAACAAGUCUUGCACUCACUGAGUGAAGUUAAAGGAAUCACAUAGGUCUGGGCCAUGUGCAAAGUGCCAGCUGAACCGAGCUUCUCAGGAACACACUAUGACUAAAAUUGAUUAGGCUUUUAGUGAGAUUCAAAAUGAAAAGAUGCCUUGAAGGGCCUCCAAAGUACCUAGAUCAAAGUGGAUUUUUAAAAAUAAAUAAAUUCAGAGCUACUGCAUUACUCACCCACAAUAUUAGUGUCAGGAAAAAAGUGUGGUGUAUGUUCCAGCUGCCCUUUAUGGAACUUGAUGUCCCUUACUUCAAACUGUAUGACUCCUAUAUAGCUGCAAAAGACAUGUUAUUUUCUUUAUUUCAGAAAGUUCUUUUUCCAUUGUGAUUUUUCUGCCUCUAUUCAUAGGUUUGUUCAGUUGGGGCACAGUCAACACAAGCACGACAAGAGUCACCAACAUCUUUGUUGUAAGCACUUAGACGGGGUUAUAAACUUGUAAGUACUUGCUGUCUUUUAUUUUUCAGUUCAUGCUCUUUCAAUGCCCCUUUUCCAAAUCCCCUUCUCUCUCUCUCUCUCUCUCUCUUAUUCUCACAGUUCACAGUGGUUUUUGUAUAUUUUAGUUAGGCUUUGUAUUUUCAGAGACUGUUGCUUUAUAUACAUUAUAUAAGACAAGUGGUAAAAUCAAAGUGGUAUGUAAGAAAAAUAGGACAUUGGCUUAGGGCAGGCAUAGGCAAACUCGGUCCUCCAGAUGUUUUGGGACUACAACUCUCAUCAUCCCUGACCACUGGUCCUGUUAGCUAAGGAUGGUGGGAGUUGUAGUCCCAAAACAUGUGGAGGGCCGAGUUUGCCUAUGCCUGGCUUAAGGGGGAAACAAUAACCAUAAUUUACAGUUCUUCACUGGCAUAUGCAGUACACAGAGGCUUCUUUGCAGACACUCUAGUUCUUACGUUAUGGUUAUUUACUUAUAUUGUUCCAUCAGUGUGAAUGGUGCUUUACAGCAUACAGGGGGAUAAUUCCCUGCCCCAAAAAGCUUACAAUCUAAAGUUAGUACAAUGGAAACAACAGAGGAAGGCAAUGUGCUGGGGGUUUUCAUAUUUGAGUUUAGUUACAGACUCGGUUGCAGUAGGGCAUGGGAACUAGGGCUAAAAGUGCCAUGGAAAAGGUGGGUUUUGAGGGUGGGUUAGAAGGGUGUAACAGAUGGGAUUGUCCAGAUGAUCUGGGAAGCAUUUCUUAGCAUACAGAACAGCAAAGGAUAAAGGGAACAGUCUUUACAAAAACAGGAAAGGUCACAGACGAUUUAUUGAGAUAAAAGCAGAGAGAUAAAAAUAGGACAAGGCCAUCAGGGAUUUGAAAGCAAGAACAAGGUACCCUUGGUAGAUGUGGGAGUGGAUAGAAACCCACUGUAGAGAUUUAAGUGACGAGACAGGUAAAUGUUUUUCACAACAGAGCACUAGAUAGCUGUGAGAUAACAGAAGACCAGAGAGAUGUUUAUGCUAAAGGAACAGAGAGGAAGGGCUUUAUUUUCACAAUCAUAUUGUAAAAGAAGUGACACAACUUAAAAAUGGCCUGAGCAUUGGCAACACAUGAGAGAAAGGAGUAAAAGAUAAAGGCAUGGCUAAUUACCAGGGUGGGUAAUAAACUUCUACAUUCAUAAGGAAAGUUUAAGAGGAGAGGGAAGUAUGGGAGGAAAGAUGAGAAAUACUGAGUUUGAAAUGAUAUUUAAGGAGAAAUAUCAGAGAUUCAGUUUGAGAAGCUGGACUGGAGUGAGGCAAACAGUUCAGAGAUAAAAGAGAGAGGGGUAUCAUCUACAUACAGGUGAUACUAAAUGCCUUUGGAUUUGAUAAUCUCACCUAGGGACAUUAAAUAUAUAGAAAGUAAAUCAGAGGGCUAAGAACAGAUUCUUGAGGGACCUCGGCAUGCGCCCCAUCUGCACUAUAGAUUUAAACCAGUGCCAUACCAAUUUAAACAUUCAUGGCUUUCCCAAAAAAAAUCCUGGGAACUGUAGUUUGUUAACGGUGCUGAGAGUUGUUAGUAGACCCCUAUUCCCUUCACAGAGCUGAAGUUUCCAGAAUUCCUUGGAAAGAGGAAUUGACUGUUACACCACUCCAAUAACUGAGUUUCCUCCUAUGAAAACACUGAAAUAAUGAUUUGGUAGAAGGAUUGCCAGCUGAGGACAGAAUCGUGGAGCUCCAUAGCAUGAAGGCAGUUAUGCAAGAGUGGGAGCGCCUUUGUCAAAGGCAGUGGGAGGACCAAGGAGAAUGACACCUUUUACAUCAAUGUAAAAAAAUCCUGUGCAAAUUUGCUGUUGUGCAGGCUGAUCAAUAUUCAUUGGAUCCAGAAUGUUUAAUAGUUAAUGGUUUUUAAAUAUGUACAGAAUCUCCAUCAACCAUAGCUAAAUUAUCUCCAUUAGAGACGCUGUUUGCCACCUAAUGUAUUUUAGAAAACUGUCACAACAAUGCUUCCCCUUUCUUCACCUUCCCUUGAAGGGAGAGAAAAUCUAUCUCUGGAAGUUAGAGGUUAUAAAGCUGUGUGAUUCUUAGAAAGAAAAAAUUUCUCAGGUUGAAACCUAGUGACAGACAGGUGAGCGGGCAGGCGAGUGUUGUUGUCGGCGAGGCGUGUGAUUGUCAGUGGCGGUCAGGCGGGUGAGCGAGUGUCGGCAAUCCCCCCCCCCCAAAAGAAGCUCAACAACACUAGGCAAUUCUCCCCCCAAACAAGCUUAACAACUCUGGGCAAUUUCCCCGCAUUCUCUUAAUUUGGAGUCCCCCAAAAUAGGGGUCGUGUUGUACACGGGGCAUGUUAUACACGGAGAAAUAUGGUACAGGUGAUGACAGAUUAAUAAUAAAACUGAACAUGGGCUGUAUUUUUUAUUGGCAAAAGGUGACUCUUCAUUCUGCUUAGAUGCAGCACAUUGUUGCUAAGAUACCAACCAAUUAAACACUCAACAAUGUUUUGCAAUAAAACAGUCUACCUGCAGUUUAAAAUAUAUUGUAUUUUAUAGAUCAUAAGUGCUUAUUACUAGAAAUCCUAGUAGAAAUUAUCGCAUUUCAGGAUUUUCCCCUCCAUUGUAUUAUCAACUUAACUUACCUACUAAUGCAAAAUGGCAUGGAAUCCUCUGAGCCUACAAUGGUGAUGUAUAUAGAAUUCAUGCCUACCCUCCUCUUUUAUUGUUUCUCUGUAGUUUAAUGCUAGUUUUAUUUAAUUUACUUUUCACAGAACACACAUCUCUGCUUUCUCCCAAGACAACAUUUAUGAAGUCCAGCCUCCUAAAGUAGAAAGAAAAUCUAUUGAGAUAUUUCAUGCUCACAUCCAGGCUGGCAAAGGCAUCAUGCAGCCAUUGGGAAAAGAAGACAUCCUCCUGUAUCGAGAAUACAUUAGAAACAGAUACAUGUGAAGAACAACUGUUUUUGAGUCCUCUGACAGCCUGAAUCACUGAGUCACAGUGGAAAAGUAGAUAUCUCUAUUAUAUGCUUCCCUCCACCAUACGUCAGAUGGUUCAUAGCGGCCUAUCAUGACUUUUUUUUGUUGGUAAUUAAGUUAGAAAACAGAUACAAAUAUCCUCUCUUUAGAAACAAGAGAGAGUGCCUAUUGAUAAGACUUGUGAACUGUUCAGAUUAAUUAUGUUCUCUUUAGUUAUCUGUGUUGCUUAGGUCAAAUUUCUUGGGCACUUAAGUAUAUAUAUAGGCACUUACAAUACAUAUAGCCAGCAGGGAGCAGUGGAGAAUGCUUUUCACAAUUAUGGAGUUCCUUGUGUUUGUCUAAGUCAAGGUGAGUCAACAUGGUAUCCUCAAUAUACUUUUGGGCUCCAGCUCCCAUCAUCUCCAGCCAGUCUGGGAUUACAAGAGUUGUAGUUCCAAAACACCUGAAAGACACCAUGUUGUCUACCCCUGGUCUAAGCAGUAUUUAUCAUGUGACUGCAAACAGGAUGUGUUUGUAGUCAGAGUGCUCUAAAAGAAAAAUAAGAUAGAAGACACAUCCAUCCAAGAUGUUUGUAGGACAUGAUCUGAGGGUAGUAUUAUAUCUGUCUGCUUUAUCGAUAGCAGGAAGUGAAAACGUGCCAGCAAGUUAAGUAAGCAUACUGGGAAUUGAAAUGGCACUUGGCUCUUGUUCCACCCUUCUCUCUUGAGAUGUUGGCAGGGUCCCAGCAGCAUCUCUGGAAACAUUAUUGUGUGCUGCAAAGUAAUUUCUAAAACUUCCCAGAUCAGAGCUGAGUGUCAUUAAAAUUUUAUUUGAUAAAGUAGUGAUGUGUUUGGCAAUUAGGUAAUAGAGAUGCGAACUCGCCAUGGCUUGAGGCAUGGAGCAUUGCACUGAUGUACCUAGCUGCAUAUGGGAGGAUUAUUAUUCUGGAACACUAGUGUGCUCUCAUAAGCUUCUGUAAAUUUAUAUGAAAACUGGAUUUCUAUUGGAAUCAGAAAAAAAUGAGUUCCUAUUGUUUGAUUAGUGAGAAACUCAUGCCCCAUUCCCAACAAGUAUCCUGUUCUUUGGCACAUAAUAAACAUUGAAGUUGUGUUAUCUCUUUGUUUAUAGGUGUCUUGCUUUGAUAUUGAGCAGUCACAUUCCACUCUAAAGUCCACUCAGUUUGAUUCCUGCAAACAGCUAUUUACACCCAAGAAUGCUCUUUCUGUCAGAUCUUUUUUUGCUACCUAGAUCCUUCAUUGCGACAAGAAUGAGCUUCUCUUUAAAAGGUAAUUCUAGAAGAAAACAUGAGUUGUGGAGCCAAGUAUUUAAUGCAGAGGCACUUAGACAGCCCCCUCAAGAAUUAAAGUUGGGGAAGUCAUUUGCACAGGUAGGUGAAUUAAGAAGUCUUCCUCCCCUUAUUUUCCUUCAAACAUUAGUUUAUCAUGCAGCCAGCAGGCCUAGGCUUUUGGCAGGUAGCCAGCUGCCUCGUGUCAGGUAAUGGCCAAGCCAGUUGCCAAAUGCCCAUUGACAAAUAAUUAGCAAGUCUGGCCAACAGUCACAUGCUUGGUGGGAAGUGGGAAGCAGCUGGCGCACACCGACUUACCAGUGUGGGUGAUUAUCUACUUGACAUGCAUUCCAUAUUCCACUAUCACCCUGAGUUUCAUUUAAAAUAUUACUUCUGCAAGCCGUGUAUCUUUUCUGUAAGUAUAAAGCAGCAUUUACAUUAAAAAUGCCAGUAUUAAAUCAAACAUUUGCUCUGUAAAGAGCAAGAAACAAUAAUUAUUUUUAAGGAGCACACAUCAUCUGAUGAAUUCCUAUCUAAGGUCACAAUUUCUCUUUGCCAUUGCAUCUAGUUUUAGUAGACUUAAGACAGAUUCCAUUUGUAUGGGAGUGAUUAUUAAUGAAUGGAAAAAGAUCUAUAUGCAAUUAAUCUUUUUCUACACUUCAUACUUGCUGUAACAUAAUAUGCUAAUGUUGCUCUUUCUAUAUUGGUAUGCUGUUAAAAGUUUAUUUUUAAAAAUCAUGUAUGUAUUUCACUUCUACAGGUAGCUACCUUGGUUUUUUUCCUUACAAUUAAAUAUUUGUACCUAUGGAUAAUUUAGUAGAUUUUCCAGACCAAGAAAAAUAAACAGCAACAGGUUGCACAUUGCUCGU